AUGGAGUUUGCCGCCUUGCGCCUUUCUGUUGCCAAGAAACCCGGACACCAGGUGGGGGAGGGGGUGUUAGCUGUCCGUAUUUGUGUGUGAGGGCGUGAGAGUGGGAGAACGGAAACAUCGCCUGCCGAGGAGGAGAAGCCCACUCUGCCUUGGCAACGGGCUGCGGCGGCGCUCCAUCGCUGACAGGCAAUCCGGAGCGCCUCCCCUCGCCGACGAGCGCGCCGGAGGACGAGGAGAAGCGGCUCGCGGGGAGUGUCCCGCCCGCCUCUCCUCCCUCUUUCGGCCGCCUCCUCUUCCCUUUUCUCCCUGGCGGAGCUGGGUGGGCUCCUCUUUCCGAGGAGCCUGGCUGGGCACGGCUGCUGAGUGCUCCGCUGACUGCUGCGGUGUCGUGGAGGAGCGCGGAGCGCGCCAGGAGCCGGUGAGGGCGCGCGGGGCGCACAGCGCAGCGAGGUUUGGCGCGGGGAGGCGCACCCGGAGCCACCGCUUUCCGGACUGGGAAUCAAGCGCUGCGUUGGAUGGAAGGAAGGGAGGAAGAAAGGGAGGGAGGGAGGAAGGAAGGGGCCCGGCCUGCGGCGGAGCUGCGCUGGAAGGCGGGCUGAGGGGAGCGCGCGCUGGGGUGCCACCGGCCAGCAGGGUAGCUCUUGCCUCGAGCGGGGUUUGGGCAUCUCCCAACGUCUCUCCUUUUCCUCCCGGGCCUGUUUUUGUUUCUAUCCUUUUUCGCCUUGCUCUUUCUUUCCCUGGGAUCGUAGGAACUAAGUCCUAGGGGCCGAGGGCCCUUUGCCCCCCCCCAUAAAAUUUGGGUCCCCAAAUGGUGUGGGUCGUGCUCCCCGUCAUGUGAUCGAUGGCGCGAUGUUUCCUUCCAUUAUUUUAUUCAAGUUGGCACCCCGGGGGUUAUUUGGUUGCCCCGCGCCCCGCCCGUGAAUCCCAGGCGCGGCCGCGUUUACUCGCGAGUAAGCCCCCAUUGCGUUCCUCCAAAACGAAACGCGCGCAGGGCGGUGGGGGCGUUGCUGAGCCCGGGUGGCGAAAGGCACCUGCUGCCGCGUCUCCUUCCUUCCUCCGUGACCUCGGCUUGAACUGUGAUUUGGACGGAAGGCUUGCUAAAGGGAUUAAAGAGAUGGCGAUGCCUUCUCACGUGCCUUUCCGGCAACCCACCCGCUCCUAGUUUUAAGCCAAGUUCCUGCGUUGCAGGGGGUUGGACUAGGUGAGCCAUGGGACUCUUCCAACUCCACAAUUCUAUGAUUCUAUGAUAUGGGACUGGGGGUCCAUGCCUGUUGUGGAUCUUGGGGAAGGCGGACUUUUGCUGUUUUGCCUCUGAUACUCCUUCCUUACCACCCCCCACCCUGUUGAGGGUGGAUUGUCCUUUUAUCGGUUAAAAUCUGGUUUCUGUUCUGCCUGGUUUUCUCCCCUCAUGUGCAGCCUAGGAUGCCCUCUUGCUGGUAUCGAUUCUCAUUUUUGUUAUCCUUCUCUCUGCGACAUAAGGAGGUCAUAUAUCGGUUGGAUAGCUUUUUUGCCGGCAUCUGAUUGUGUGGACUGGUGGUAUCCAGCAGCUUUGACCCUGCUGAUGUUCUUUGUGGAGAUAUUUCAGACCUGGCAAAAUAAAUAAAUAAAUGGCAUGCAUUUGAAACUGCGUUCAGAUCAUUGCAAUCAAGCUAUGGUUGUUGGCCGCCCAAUGCGUCUCUUUCUGUGUGCACUCUUUUGAGUGGCAGCCAUGUGGCUCCUGUGUUAACCCCGCGUAAUGAUGCCACCAAACUCUGGGGAGGACCUACCAUGGAAAAGGGGUGGAUUGCAUAGGUGUUCAUAAAUGUCCUUGCUUAGAAAUUAUGUAAACAAAGAUAAAACAUAGCUGAAAUCCACGAACCCGUCAAAAACAAAUAUAUGUAAAACCAUCAUCAUGAAGAAACAAAUAGCAAAUCAGUGGAAAAAACUGAAGCCCAUUUAGGUAGCUAAAUGCAUGUGUUCCUGAACCUGCUUCCCAAACAGCAAAGUGUUCGUCAGCAGGUGCCUAAAGCAAUGUUGUGAGGGGCAGUAGGUAAGAGAGAAUGCCAAGGUAACACAAAAGGAAUGGACGUACAAAGCUUGGGGAAGAAGAACCAGUUCUUGUAUUUAGGAAGGGCGAAUGGUGCAGUCAUCUCAGAAUGAGUACAUGGUACAGUCCUUUCAGAAAGAUGUUCCAUCUGUAUUCUGAUGACAGACCUGCUGUCUUCCGGAAUGAGUAUUCUUGAAACACUCAUUGGGAAAAGAUAAAUACAGCUUAAGCAUUAACACAAAUAAAAGUACCGUAUUUUUUGCACCAUAACACUCACUUUUUUCCUCCUAGAAAGUAAGGGGAAAUGUCUGUGCGUGUUAUGGAGGAAAUGCCUACGGGUGGCAUGCCUACGGAUUUUCCUCCUCUAAAAACUACGUGCGUGUUAUGGUCGGGUGCGUGUUAUAGAGCGAAAAAUACGGUAUUUGUUGAGGGUGAGGAUAAAAAAAAUAGAUAGCAGUUUGAAAGUGGUCAAAAGUGCACCUUGCGUCCAGAGCAAGGGACUUGCAGCUCACAUCAGCACCAGCCAGCAUGCCUAGUGGUCAGAGAUGUUCCAAGUCUUAGUCCAACUGCAUCUGAAAGGCCACUUGUGAUAAAUCCAUGAUUCCUGAUACAUUUUUGUUUCUACUUUAAAUCAGCUGCAGGGGUGUGUGCAUGCAAGUUCAGUUUGGACGGUGGUGGCUGGUGAGGAGGCGGUGCUUUGUUUCCGUCAUCCAAACCUUUCCCCGCCUGGAGCUGGUUGGAACGCCUUGUAUUCUGUACCAACAGCACUGCUCCAACUCAGCUGCAAGAUUGGAUACUGUGAUUGGGCCUACUUCACAUGACAUUUUUAAUGCAUAUGGAAAGAUCUAGGUCAGGCAUCCCCAACCUGCCGCCCUCCAGAUGUUUUGGCCUACAACUCCCAUGAUCCCUAGCUAACAAGACCAGUGGUCAGGGAUGGUGGGAAUUGUAGUCCAAAACAUCUGGAGGGCCGAAUGUUGGGGAUGCCUGAUCUAGGUAUAAGUUGAAUAUUUGCACUUGCUGUACAUUUUGUGCCCCCCCUCCCCAUUCUCAGUUUUGGAAUUCGGAUGUUUUGCACGUGAAAUUAAGCUGCACACAGUAGAUGGUUUCUUGAGCUUGCUGGUUGAAUUGGGAAAGGGCCUGUUUGUGUACAUAGCGAUUUGUGUUAACUUUCAGUGGUUCUGUCCUCUAUUCAAAGUGGUGGUCAGGUUUUGGAUGAGAGCAGUGUAUGGCUGUCAUUACACUAAGGCUGUAGCAAAAAUUUCAGAAGCAUCUGAAACUACUGUGUAGGCUUGUAUGCACGACACAUUUCCCAUUGCUCUUGCUCACUGUAUGGAGCAAAUUGCCACUAAUUACAGCAUGACUCCAAAUUAUGGCUAUGUUUUAGAAGCUCCGAUGGAUUUAAAAGCGUUUUCUGAAAAUUAUUUUUAGAAAGACAGGAGCUGGCAGAGUUAAUUCUGCCUCCAUAUAACCUGCAUUCUCCCUUUUAGUCAUGAGGGUUAAAAUCGCCUUAGCUUUCAAAACAAGGUUUGAUUCGGCAGUUAAGACUUCACAGAAGUUUUCAAAUACAAAAAGAGGCUGCCCCCCCAAGGAAGGGGUGUCAUGAGCUGGUAAUGUGGCUGGGAUCCUUCCUAAUGGUUGCUAUUUAUUUGGGUCAUGGUAUUGCUUUGCGGUGCCAACAAGGGCUCUUGUGUUCCAGGAUCUUCAUUAAUAUAUUGGCAAAGAGAUGGAAAAAUCCAUUUCCCAGACAGCUUACUGUCUUGUGCCAGGCCAUACUAGAGGGACAAGGCAAACAGAGAAUGGUCGAGCAAUGCAAUCAAAUCCUGCACAAUUAGAAUUGCUUCACUUUAAAAGAGAGCCAUUGCCUGCUUCAAACACUGGGUCUUCUUUCCUCUUGUGUCCUCAGUAGGAGGACCCAAACUCUUGUUGGGUGUGUCGACUUUCAGUUUUCUUCAUGUAUAUGGAUUCUGUUCAUGUUAUAUGGAUCUCGUGUGCUUCAGUAAGAUUUCAGUAUUUUUGCUGUGUUUCACUUUCCUCCUGGAAGGAGGAGAAAUCUCACUAGCUGUGUACUGUACCCACUUUUCUUUUAAAAUGUACAGCUGUAUCUUAGUCUGACUCCUAGUCCCUCCCUCUCUCUUUGGGCAGCUGUUAGAAUUUAGCUGUGGGCACAAACCAACCUCUCCUUGUCCUGAAGCACAACGGUGGGCCGCGAUUCGCAGGGAGGAAUCUUGACUUCCAGCUGUUUAGCAAGAGCAGCAACAAAAUGGCACGUAUAGUAUACAUGUGAUUUCACCUCCUGAAAUUAUACUGCUGAAAGCUUGGGGUAGCAGGACUGGCUUUUUGUGUAGAAGGACUGUAGGUUCGAUUUGUUUGGGUACAAGAGACUCUCAGUUUAUGUUCCAGGGAUAGCGCAUAAAGCUAAAACCCCAUAUAGUCAAAACACAUUGGGUGCAAUGGCUAGUAGGAUUGCCAGAGCCUUUUUCCUGGACACCUGACCCCUUUCUAUUUUUCUUUUUAAUUGUCCAAGCAUGUAGAGCUGAAUGUGCACAAGUUAAAUACCAGUAUGUGUAAGUUGUGGGUCUGCUGUACUCAAAACCAAUGCCUGUGCUCAGAAUUUUCAUUAUUUCUAAGCAUAUUCCAUUUGCACCAGGCUCUAGUUGGUCCACAAGGAGGGCUUAUUUUAUUUUAUUUGUUUUUAUUUUAUUUGUUUGUUAGAUUUAUGUACUGCCUUUCAUUGUAAGAUUUUAGGGAGGUUUACAGAAUAAAAACACAGGAUAAAAAGCAGUAAAUCAUUAAAACAAAACAGCAAAACAAUAGCCACUCACUUCCUAAGGUAAAAGGUAAAGGGACACCUGACCAUUAGGUCCAGUCGUGGCCGACUCUGGGGUUGCGAUGCUCAUCUCGCUUUAUUGGCCAAGGGAGCCGGCGUACAGCUUCCGGGUCAUGUGGCCAGCAUGACUAAGCCGCUUCUGGCGAACCAGAGCAGCACACGGAAACGCCGUUUACCUUCCUGCCGGAGCGGUACCUAUUUAUCUACUUGCACUUUGACAUGCUUCGAACUGCUAGGUUGGCAGGAGCAGGGACCGAGCAACAGGAGCUCACCCCAUUGUGGGGAUUCAAACCGCCGACCUUCUGAUCGGCAAGUCCUAGGCUCUGUGGUUUAACCCACAGCGCCACCCGCAUCCCUUACUUGCAUGUUUAAAAGUCUAUAGAAUAUCAAUCAGCCAAAGGCCUGGUUGAAGAGGAAUGUUUUCACUUGGCGUCUAAAAUAUAUAUAUUCCACUAACGGGGAGCCACUACAGAGAAGGACCGUUCUUGUGUUGCCACCCUCUGGACCUCAUGUGAAGGUGGCACACAAAAAAGGGCCUCAGGUGAUCAACGCAGAGCCCAGGAUGGUUUAGGUGGGGAGAGGCGGUAAAGGCAAAGUAAGCCCUGCAAACCUGCCCAUUCCUGCCAUAAGUGAUAACAGUUCACAUUGUGGGAGCUUCUCCAUAAUAUUAGCUCUGUUAGCUAGUACGCCAUAUUCCUUCCCUUACAUUUAUAUACAGUGGUGCCUCGCAAGACGAAAUUAAUCCGUUCCGCGAGUCUCUUCGUCUAGCGGUGUUUUCGUCUUGCGAAGCAACCCUAUUAGCGGUUUAGCGGAUUAGCGCUAUUAGCGGUUUAGCGGCUAUUAAAGGCUUAUCGGCUUAGCUGCUAAAAGGCUAUUAGCGGCUUAGUGGCUUAGAAAAAGGGGGGGGGGGCGAAAAAAAAUCUCAAGACUCGCAAGACAUUUUCGUCUUGCGAAGCAAGCCCAUAGGGAAAUUCGUCCUGCGAAGCAACUCAAAAACGGAAAACCCUUUCGUCUAGCGGGUUUUCCGUCUUGCGAGGCAUUCGUCUUGCGGGGCACCACUGUAUUUUAUACUGGACUGUCGUUGUACUUGAAGUUGACUUUUAGCAUUUUUUUUCUAAUUGCCCAAGUUAGUUUUACGCAUCCCACUCCUGUGUUGUUAAGAGAGUGCUUUUCUGUGUCCCCCCCCAUUGUUGUACAGUGAGAAUAAGUGUGAGUGCAAAAAAUCACCUCUGCAUGGAGCCACAUGUUAAAAAACGAAAAUAACAUUUCCUAUUUUUGUGUCUCCUUUUUUUGUGUCGCUCCCUGCCCCUUUCCCCUUUUUCAGAUGCUCCCACCUUCUUCCUCAGAAACAAAAGUUGGUGGUAAACCCCUCCCACCUGCUGCAGAAAAAAAAGCUGUUAAUACAUUUCACACCAGCGUGUCUCUUUUUACAUACACCUUUGGUGUCAUAGCAGGAAAAAGACAAACCCCCUCAUGAACUUGUUAACCUCAUACUCUCCUUCCCUGUGUUACUAUGAAAUUCCAUUUUGUGUUUCCUUUUGUGAUGGGCUACACUUGUGUCAGGGACGCGGGUGGCGCUGUGGGUAAAACCUCAGUGCCUAGGACUUGCCGAUCGUCAGGUCGGCGGUUCGAAUCCCUGCGGCAGGGUGCGCUCCCGUUGCUCGGUCCCAGCGCCUGCCAACCUAGCAGUUUGAAAGCACCCCCGGGUGCAAGUAGAUAAAUAGGGACCGCUUACUAGCGGGAAGGUAAACGGCGUUUCCGUGUGCUGCGCUGGCUCGCCAGAUGCAGCUUGUCACGCUGGCCAUGUGACCCGGAAGUGUCUUCGGACAGCGCUGGCCCCCGGCCUCUUAAGUGAGAUGGGCGCACAACCCCAGAGUUGGACACGACUGGCCCGUACGGGCAGGGGUACCUUUACCUUUACCUUUACACUUGUGUCUCUGAAGUAUAAAAACAGGUCAGGUCAAAAUAAAAUUUCUCUCAUGUGUUUACCCUGUGAUUCUUGUUUAGCUUAAGUAAAUCGAGGUUUGUAAACUUGGCCUAACAUUAAGAACUGCAUCCUCCAAGAUUAAAAAGUAAUUUUUAGAAAGCCACAUUUUCCCUGUUCUUUGGGCUCUGUUUUCACUUUUGUGCAUGCAUAACAUGCACAAAGUUUCAGAAAUACCCAAUUGUUUGCUCACUUGCACUGCCAUUCAGAUAAUGACAGGCGCGGCUGUCUAUGUUAAUUGUUGACCAUGUGAAAGCAGAGGAUAAUGGGCACAAACCGCUCCAUAGGCAAUUGUGGGCAAGUCCUGCCAGUCCUGGUAGUAUUCGCUGUAUUUUUCAUAGAGGCAUAUAAUUUGUAGAGUUGGAAGGUACUCCAAGAGUCAUUGAGUCCAAACACCUGUAAUGCAGGAAUCUCAGCUAAAGCAUCCAUGGCAGGUGUCCAUCCAACCUCUGCUUAGAAACCUCCCAGGAAGGAGAGUCCACAUCUCCUGAGGGAGAGCGUUCUACUGACCAUCAGCUCUUACCGUCAGAAAGUUUUUCCUGAUGUUUAGUCGGAAUCUUCUUUCUUGUAACUUGAAGCCAUUGGUUCGAGUGUGACCCUCUGGAGCAGAAGAAAACAAGCUUGCUCCAUCUUCCCUGUGACAGCCUUUGAGAUAUUUGAAGAUGGCUGUCACCUCUCCUCUCAGUCUCCUCUUUACCAGGCUGAACAUAGGAAAUUCCCUCAACUGUUCCUAUACCAGCUGCACUGGCUCCCGGUGGAGUACAGGAUCAGGUUUAAGGUGCUGGUUUAAAGCCCUAUACGGCCUAGGACCUUCGUACCUACAGGACCGCCUCUCCUGGUUUGUCCCACGGAGGACCUUACGGUCUUCAAACAAAAGCAUCUUGGAGGUCCCGGACCACAAGGAGGUUAGGCUGGCCUCAACCAGAGCCAGGGCUUUUUUGGCUGUGGCCCUGAUCUGGUGGAACGCUCUGUCACAAAAGACUAGGGCCCUGUGGGACUUGACAUCUUUCUGAAGGCCCUCAAGACAGAGCUGUUCCACCAGGCCUUUGGCCAAGGCACAGCCUGACCCCCUCCUUUGGUAAUCCUCACUGAACUCUGGCCCAAUGGUUGCCAUUAAUUUGAUUUGAACUGUAUAAUGAAUUGAUUUUAGACUGCUGUAUUAUUUUACUGUUGUUAGCCGCUCUGAGCCCGGCUUCGGCUAGGGAGGGCGGGAUAUAAAUAAAAUUUAUUAUUAUUAUUGCUGUUAUUGUUAUUGUUAUUAUUAGGCUUGGUUUCCAGACCCUUGGUCCUCAUGGUUGCCCUCCUCUGCACACGUUCCAGCUUGUCAACCCCCUUCUUAAACUGUGGUGCCCAGAAUUGGACACAGCACUCCAAGUGUGGUCUGACCAAGGCAGAAUUGAGUUACUUCCCUUGAUCUGGACACUAGAAUCCUGUUGAUGCAGCCUAGAAUAGCCUUAGCUUCAUUUGCUGUUGCAUCACACUGUCAGUGUGGUUUACAUAAUAGGUGUGCUUUAAAUAUUUGGGCUGAAUCUGACUUGCAGUGGCCGUACUCAUUUGCAGUUGCUGAGCUGGUACGAAGUCUCCUAGCAUCUCUUGUAGGAGAGGACCUCUGCUGUGUGAACUCCGCCCUUGAAGGCUUCUCACACAGGCAGGCACCAUUUGGUCUUUUUAAGCCUUGCCAAUGCCUCAUUAUGACAUCAUGGCACUGGGUGGGUGCAGCUGGUCACUGAAACCCUGAAUAUUAAAAACAAAAUGAUGGAGGGUUUGGUUUUUGACUUCCAUGGAACAAAUUUAUCCUCCAAACUUGUGGUCAGUUAUGUGCAAAAAAAAUCCAUGUUGUAAUUUUUACUGAGACUUUUGCUGCUUUUGCUCCUUUCCCAUCUGCCUUUUGUAAAUCACAUUUCUGUGCCACUUGCUUGACUUUGCCUACUUAUGGUAGAAUAUAAGAAUUAUUUGGAGCCCUGUUUGAAGAGGCUUACCCAAUGGUUAUUAGUGCAGUAGCUGAGCCAGGAUGGAUUGAGGUGUGUUCAGAGGGACAAGAUGCACCUAAAACGUGGCUUUCCUGCUGCCAGGCUCUGUGCUCAAAAUAUAUUUUCUCCAAAUUUGCAUGCUUGCAAAACCGUAUGUUCUGUUACCCAAAUGUUAUGCAAAGUGGUUACUAAAAAUAAAUAUUCAGAGAACCAGGCUACACAGUACAUAAACGUGGUUUUCCCUGCAUCUUAAUAUUGUGCUUGUUUUUUUUAAGGUGCGGAUGAACAGCUAGCCUGAGAAGAGUAGCUCUUUUUAUCAAUCACAAUCUGCAUUCGCAUCUAAAUAUUCAGCUGCCAUUGUUGAUGCAAAUAAUGAAUAGUUGAAGGCAAGUGAUUCUUUUGGAAACUCUGGAUGAAAAAAGCACCACCGCAAAAACCAAUUCUUCAUACUGAUACAUACUGAUAAUCAGUUUCCUUUUUCACAUCUUUUCGUUUCCCUUGCUUUGGUUUCUCUCUUGCAGGCAUUUGCGUGCUUGCCAUCUUGCUGAUCAAAGUUAUCAGUGCCUCUUUUAAUGUGACCCAAUUUCUUCCAUGAUUUCCACUCUCUCUGAUGAACUUAGGGCCAUUACAUUAAUCAUACUUGGUAUAACUGUUGGAUGUUAAAGGUAAAGGGACCCCUGACCAUUAGGUCCAGUUGUGACCGACUCUGGGGUUGCGGUGCUCAUCUCGCUUUACUGGCCGAGGGAGCCGGCGUUUGUCCGCAGACAGCUUCCGGGUCAUGUGGCCAGCAUGACUAAGCCGCUUCUGGCGAACCAGAGCAGCGCACGGAAAUGCCGUUUACCUUUCCGCCAGAGCGGUACCUAUUUAUCUACUUGCACUUUGACGUGCUUCCGAACUGCUAGGUUGGCAGAAGCUGGGACUGAGCAACGGGAGCUCACCCUGUCGCGGGGAUUCAAACCGCCAAGCUUCUGAUCGGCAAGUCCUAGGCUCUGUGGUUUAACCCACAGUGCCACCCGCGUCCCUAACUGUUGGGUGUUGCACCACUCUUAUUAAUAAGAGUAUAGGUUCAAGUGAAUUGUGGCCAUUGGCCAAAUUUGCUGGUGCUGACGGGAGUUGUAGUUCAGCAACAUCUGGAGGGUCAAAGCUUCCCCAUACCUGUUCUACGGCAAAUGUAGAAAGCAUAUUAAAAUGCCUGGGUUACAAUUAACUACUGUGUAAUGUAAGAAUAGGAGGGCAAAUCCAUGUGUGAAUAAAGCUUGAAAGACAAGUUGUAAAUCUGGGAUGGGCUGUUUUACUUUGUUAUAAAAUUAAAUAGCAUUGGGGAUCCACCUUUCUUUCAGCUUUUGUGAAUCAAAGCAAGUUGCCCUCAGGGUCCAACACAAAUGGUGACUUGGAAAUAAAUAGAGUUUGUUUCUGCAUUUUUUUUAAUAGCAUACUUAAGACUCUAGUCUUUGAAUUUGAGGUAGGACAGCUUUUCUGUGAGCUUGUGCAGUGCCACAGUACAGCUGUUGCACCCUUGAACUUUAGACAGUACUGUGCUAGCAUAGUAAUAAUCAUUGUGGAACUGAGAUGUGGUUUUGAUUGUAAGAGGGCAACAUCAGCUGAUGCCAUAAAGGGGAAAAAAGGUUGAAUCACAAGACUGCUUUUACCUUGUGGUGGCUGCUUGGAAAUGCAUCUGGCGGUGGGAAUGCUUUUCCAAUGUCAAUAUCGCGAUAGGCCACAUCACUUUAAACUUUGCAUUCUAUACGUUUCCAGCAAUAAUAAUAAUAAUAAUAAUAAUAAUAAUAAUAAUUUAUACUCCGCCCUCCCCAGCCAAGGCUGGGCUCAGGGCGGCUAACAAGCAAUAAUAAAAACAAGUUGAAUGAAUACAACUUAAAAACAAGAUUAAAAUACAACAUUAAAACAUUAAAAUGCAGCCUCAUCACAGGCUAUGUGGAGAAUGAUCUCUGUAUAAAAACAUGAAGCUGCUCAAAAGUCAGGACACACAUUUUCUUUUUAACACAUUUCCCUUCUUUUGCUAUGCACAUCUUUAGACUGCCUAGCCUAGCAUCCGUAGCACACUGGUGCUACACUUAAGCAAACUGAGCUCAGAUGACUGAUGCACCUCUAAGCUUUCCAAUGGAAAAGUAUUGAGCUGAUAAAUAGAAGUGAAUUCUAGUGAAGUCUCGCCUUCUAUGGCAUGUAUAGCUUUAGGGCUGUAUUGGCUCUCUUGUUUUUCUCUGGAAGCAGGUUGCCUUAGAAAUGCUUUAACGAUUGGAAAUUGCAUCAGUUUGAAGUUAAUGGUGAUGGGUCCAUAGCAACACUUACAGGGUCAUAGUAAUUAUUUCCCUGUAUUCCUUAAUGCAGCGAGUGUUCUAACUAGGUUGUACUCUGCUUACAAGCUAGUAUGGAAACUAUGAUCGUCUCCAGAAAAGUUCAUGGCUACAAUUUGGAGGCGACAGGGUAUGCUGGAACUGUGGCUGAUUAAAAUCUGAACAGAGUAUUGUAAAAAUGGCAAAGGUUACAGAGUUCAUUCAGUUAUGGGAUGGCAGGGGAAAAAAUGGUCUGUAUGACAAUGACAUGAUUGAUAAACUUUAAGAGGAAUAUAUAUGGAUUAGAUAUUCACUGUAAAAUAAAUUCAAAAUGGUAUCGAGCUGUUAUUAUGCUUAAUGGUUAGAUUUAUAAUCUUAAACAAUAUUCCCCUUUAUUGUAUUUACGUUAUCGUUGAGGUAUAUUUUAUGGUAUGUAGUGCUAUUGAUUUUAAUAUAUGUGAACAUGAAAACAAGAUCUCUCUCCCUCCCCCCCCCCCCCUGUGUGUAUGCUAGGCUUUGCUCUGGUUUUGUUUUGAAGUUAACUUUAGUCAUGAGAGGUAAUCUUUAGAAAACCACAAUAUUUUCCUUGAGAAUUUUCUCAGAGAGUUAACCUGCUUCGCUCAAAGUUCCUUUUUGUUCCAAGUGUGGUGGCUCAUGUUAAAAAGGUAAAGGGACCCCUGACCAUUUGGUCCAGUCGUGACAGACUCUGGGGUUGCGGCGCUCAUCUCGCUUUAUUGGCCGAUGGAGCCGGCGUACAGCUUCCGGGUCAUGUGGCCAGCAUGACUAAGCCGCUUCCGGCGAACCAGAUCAGCGCACGGCAACGCCGUUUACCUUCCCGCCGGAGCAGUACCUAUUUAUCUACUUGCACUUGGACGUGCUUUCCAACUGCUAGGUGGGCAGGAGCAGGGACCGAGCAAUGGGAGCUUACUCUGUUGCGGGGAUUCGAACCGCUGACCUUCUGAUCGGCAAGUCCUAGGCUCUGUGGUUUAACCCACAGCGCCACCCGUGUCUCGUGGCUCAUGUUAUGGAACCGUAAACCUUUAGGCUUGUUCAUUAGUUGGCAUCCGUCACUCUCUUGAGACAAUGGUGAAAUGCUCCAUCAGGGUUAAAGUCAAACCAUUGGAGAGUUAUAGCGCCUGCUGUACCUGUAGAGGCCAGUACAGGAGAGACAUGUUUUAUUGCAGCUGGGGCAGAUGAAGGCAUCCGGUUUCUCUGUUACAGACGCACCACGAUGUUUCUUCUGUCUGUGCUCCUCCCAGCAGUUAUUUCUCCUCUGGUGACUGCUGGUACAACCUGACUGUCUCCAGGCACUGCGGUCAUCUGCAAGGGAUUCCCACAUGGUGGGGUUGAUGUUGCCAGGCUCCAUGUCACAUUUGCAGACAUCUUUAUAGCGCUUUUUAAUUGCGGUGUGUUUAUGUAUCAUGCUAUAAAAUCACUUUUCAUCCCCCCAAAAGACUACAAUAAUUUUAUACACUGUCUCUGUUCAUGGAGACUUUUAGGUCAUUGGAUAUUCAUGGUACAAGAGUGAUCAUUAAACAUGAGAGAAUUGAGAGUCAUGCUAGCUACUGCUCCCUUUGCUCUGAAGCAUCUGUAACUGUGGUAAUUUGUGUGUGUGUGUGGGGGGGGAAGUCUUCUCACUAAUGGACUGGUAAGUACGGACUAAUUGUUUUGCCACCGCUUCCAUUUUGCCAGCAGUCAAAAAUGUAGUCCAGCAUGUCAGAUUAAUCAAAAGCUUUUAAAGAGGGUGGGCAGUGAGGAGAGGGAACCAUCUCUCUAAUGAAUGCUCUGGGUUGUUGCUUGGUUGCUGUUCAUUUCUGCGGUUUCUGAGCUUACACUUCACCGAAGCCAACCUCUUCUGACAGUCUCUGUUUUCUAAAACUGUGGUCGCAUGGUCCGUAUGGCUGAGUGCUAAGGCCAUUUCUAAGGUUCCCUCUAUCAAGCAUCGUUGAUAAUGUGAAUAUACUAAGUGUUCACAUCAGGGUUAUUUGGAGAUUAUUUGGAGAUUGCAAGGUCACCCACACUCACACCCAGACAAGUCAGCUUAGGGCCUCCAUGAAGCCUUGUGGCACGGUUGUUUCUGUAAUUGUGAACACUGUGUAGCUCUGUUUCUCCUAUAUUUCUACGUUUCUCUAGCUCCAGGUUCUUUCCAAGAGAUAAGGCUACCCAAAAUGUUGCUGGGGAGCACUGCAAGAGCUGUCAAUUUGUUCAUUGUUCAACCACAGCAGCAAAUGACUUUCUAACAUGUUAAAAGCUUAGUUGUGUUUGUGUGUGUGGUUUUGUUUUGUUUUUUAAAAAAUUUCUGUGUUUAUUAAAGUUCUGCUUUAAUAAAAAUACAAAGCCCAGAUCUCUUCAGAACUUCGCAGGCAGAGUUCUAGACAGCCUCAUAUUUUAAGGACUUAUUUGAGGCCUGUAAAGUCUAAUUCUGAGAACACAAGCGACCACUGGAAAGGCUAUAAAAACGGGCAGUCAAAAAUACACACCACUUGCUGCCUCUUGUUUAUUUUAAGGUGAGAAAGAACAAGAGAGGAGCCCCUCCUCCCUUCCCUGUAAAGGAUUAUGGUGGAAAAUAAGUGCCUUUUACUUCUCCCACAAAAAGCCCCUGGACCUGUUAGUUUGCAGGAUACUAGCAGGAUAAUCCACAGGUGGGCGGGGCUCACAUGCCUGUAAAUUUAAUCUGCUUUGGCUAAAAGAGAAAAAAGUUACAGUCCUUUUUUUAGAUUUCCCAUUAUAGUGAAAAGGAAGCACAUUUUAUCCAUUUUAUACUGAGCAGCUUGGAAUCCAGAUUACAGAUGGAAGUGAAGAAAGCACAGAACAGCUCAGAAACAGAUUAGGAUUUAUUUAUUUUUUAAUGCACAGAUACAAGCCAAAUCUUGUAGUUUGAAUAUCCCAGCAGUACUAAUCGUAGUAUGCUGAGAGAUAGAUUGUGGUGGGAUUCAUCCUUGCUUCAGCAUAUCGAAACCAUGUUUUAAUUAGUUCAGAAUUCCUCGAUUGCUAAAGCUCCCUUUGUACUUUCUGAAGAGUACCUGCGGUUAUAGUUCAGCAGCUUUUAAUGUCUUGUUGAGUGCUUUCCAGUGAACAUCGGUUCAGACCGGCAAUGUCUUUGCAAGAAUAUUUCUCCUUAGAAGCAAGUUUGUGCACCUAUUCAUGCAGACAUGAAAGAGAUGGCAAUCUGCUAGCAGCAGCAGCCGGUGGGGUCGGACCGCAGAACUGGCCUCUCAUCAAGCCUUAUAGGAGUAUGAUGGCUUAGUCCUAAGUAGCAAAGUCUUCAUUAUGUGGAAUGGAAAGGAUGUUGAAUAUGUUAGGCAGACUUCCUUCUUGACGUAUCUGCUAUAUUUUUCACUAAAACCCCCAAAUCUAUUGUUCAGAGCCAAGUGCAAAAGACAUCCAAUUAGAAUUAAAGAACGGGGUGCCUUGAGGCACAUUCAGAACCUAGGAAUUUGUUUUCAGAUCCAGAACUGGAUUGAGCCCACAGGGCCUUUGCACAAAAGUCCUCUUCUGGUUAGCCUUCUUCUUUGCAGCAGCCCAAUUUAGGUGCAAAAAGGCAUUUUGCUGUUGCUAAACAGUUGGGUGUCAAACCCUUGGUCUACCACAAAUCACCCAGAGCUCUCCAUGCAGAGCCCAGUGUGCCUGUUGCUCACUCCUGGAUUAAACAGUGGUGAGAAUUUCUGAUUUGGGAAGAGCAGAGGCAUUAUCCCCUAACCCUUGAAAAUAACUAAACGUGGUUGGUGAAAAAUGAAGUAUUUUCUUUUGGGGGGGGGGCGUUUGAGCAUCCUAGGACAUACAUAGACUGUUACAGGAUGGUUCCAUUGAGCCAUGCUAGCAGCGAAACUGACAAAUCUGCAACGUUUUAUCCAUUGGGAAAGUUUCAUUUUAUCAAGUGGCUUACAAAUUCUACAAACAAACAAACAACAGCAUUGGAAAGCAUGGACCAUACCAAGCUCAGAAAACUGGAUACAAGACUUCCUGCAGUUAGCAGGCAGCAAAUAUUCUGCUUCCUAAACAUAAAAAGACAACUUCCAGGAGACCUGGGGUGUUGUUGUUUUUUUGGAACUCUUUGCUGAGUAAUAUCCACAACCAAAAGUUUAAUAGCCAAAAGUUUAAUAUGGAUUAAUAGCUAACUUGACAAGGGUUUAAUUCCCCACCGCCGGGUUGGCAUGCCACAGGAAGCUGUGUUCAAGAACUGAAUCCUGAUUUGUUGAGCCACCCAUCAUUCUAUGAGGAUGAUAUUGGUUGCCACUUUGAUAAUAUUGAAUGGUAGCUUCAGUUGCAUAGACUCCAUGUGUUUAUUCCACUUAACAGAAAAUCUAAGACUUGUGUCCACUGCAACAGCCAUGCAGCUCCACGAUUUUGGUGAAGCUGGAACUAAACACAGGGUUAGACACCAUACCGUAUCAAUAACACCUAAAUAAUGCAUCUGUUAAAGGAGUUGCCCUUAGGUUAACUUCCCAGCAUUUUGGAGCCUGUGUGAACUGGAAAUCCCUUAAUACAACAUGUUAAAGCAAAAGGUUUUUUUGUUAAUUGAAUGCUAUUUUAAUCCAACAUAUGCUAUCAGAUACAGCUGGGCUCACCAACCUGGUGCCCAUGGGCUCUGCUUCUCCCAUUACAGCUUCCAGUGGUGCCCCUGGGAAGGUGCGCUGAGCUUUCAUUACACACACACAUUCUCUAGCCCUUCUACAGAGAAAGUUAUGGGCCAAAAUGUCCCUUGUAAGCAUUAUCUGUCAAAUGAGAGUUCAUUCACACAUGCAAGUCAUCUCUUGGGAUGCUGCAGGGAUCUAGUCAUGAACAUGCGUUCUGUCAAUCCACCCAUAGUUCUUCGUGUUCACGAGAAGAUGACUGCAGGGUCGCGAGAAAGAUGACUCGCAACUGUGAAUAAAGCUUCCCAUCUUGAACACUGUAGGCAGACCUUGCAGCAGCUGCGUUUGGCUCAAGAUAGUAAAUGUAUUCAGUGGUUAAGUCAUCCAAAUAUGAGAUGAGGAGGGUAGCACAUCCCUGGGUGAAUCAGCGCUGAGGACCAGAGAGGGGACUGGUCAUCUUGCAGCAUCCCAAGCAUGUUGUCAUUAGGUUGUGAAGCUGCCUUGAGCUUAAAAGGAUGGGUCAUCAUUUAAAUUAGCCGGUGACUCAAGUAAUAAUGUGGGCUUAAAUGUUCCCAUCCCCUUUCAUCUUGCUCAGCAUGUUAGCAUGUGUAGACAUUUAAGCUGGCAUUAUCGCUGUAGUAAAUAGACUUUUAAACAAUUGUGGCCUGUGAUGCAUUGUGAGCAAGACGAUCCAGUAGCACUUCUGCCUCUGGGAACGAAGCAUUUUAAAAUAAGGAGGUGAGAAAAUGGCAAGACUCCUGUGACCCCUGCCUCCUUGCUGCAGAGUGAACUGUUUCCCUUCUUUCUUCCCCUCUUUAAGGGCAACCAUGCUGGGGCUUUUUUUUAGCAUUGUAUAUUUUAAGACAUGUGCAUUUUUACAUGUUACCUUUUAAAGAAAUGGAUUGCUUUUUCAAAGGGAUGGAUCUUACUUGGGGAUGGUUGAGGACCAGAGAGUUGGGGGAUGGGGGGAAGAUGAGAAGAAAACCACAUCUUUUUGGAGUGAAUUCAUGGUGCAGAACCUUUUGCUCCUUGAGGGCUGAAUUUGCUCAGGGAGAAGUGGUUGUGGUCUCCAAAUUGAUGGUGGGUGUGCAUGGAUGUAGCCAGGAUUUACACUGGGAGAGCAGGACCCCCACCUGUCGUCAUCCUCUGCGUAGUUCUGUCUAGCAGAUUCGGAAUGAAAUGUCUCAACAACGGUUGUCGGGGGGGGGGAAUCUGCCAACAUCUUCAGUCAUUUGAAAACCAGGAAGGUAAAUUGAAAAGAAAUAUGGAAGCUAGGAGCUAAAUGGCACCUUAAACCUAGGUUAUGGACGCAUAAACAUAAUGUCUAGGCACACUUUUUUAAUAACAAAGCUGAAAAUGAAUGAACUGCAACUAAAAUAUUAUGUUCAUUUUUCACAGGGUCUAGUCCUUCCCCUGCCCUCCCCCCUAAUAUUCUUAAGAGGGCCUCUUCUCCAGUUUUCGGAGAGUAGCUGGAAGUGGGGAGACAGAAAAAGGUCCUCUUUCCACUCUGAAGUUUUAAUCUGAAAUCUUAGGUGCAGUACUGGGCUCAGAGUUCACUCUAAGGAAAUCCCCUAUUGCAAAAUGCGCCUGGAACAAUGGGAGUUUCGAACACUGCUCAGCUGGCAUACCAGAUGGAGCUGGUAAACAGCUGCCCUGGACACAGAAUUGACCUGCGCCUCCAUGGACAGCUGUGAGUCCCAAAUGACUUCCUGGCUGUGCACCUAGUCCUUCGGGGGCACAGUUACUCCAUUCAGGGGCCCCAACCCCACCAGCCCCCUGUUGCCCCACCCCAAAAGUACGGUGGUACCUUGGGUUACAUACGCUUCAGGUUACAGACUCCGCUAACCCAGAAAUAGUACCUUGGGUGAAGAACUUUGCUUCAGGAUGAGAACAGAAAUCGUGCUCCGGUGGCGCGACGGCAGCAGGAGGCCUCCGAGCAUGUUCCUUUGGUCCUGGGUUUCGUAACAUCUGAAUUGUAUCAUGAGUGUCAGCUUGGCUGCAAGAAGCAUGGUUAGCAGCCCACUUACCAGACUGCUGUUUUGUGCUGUCAUUCUUGCAACAGGUGGAAAUUGUGGGUGCAGUGAGUGACAUGAAAAUUACAGUGCAGACCAUGGCAUCUUGGCUGUGGGCUUAUUGGCAGCUGAGCCAGCAGCGCCAUUUUAGCUCUGCGGGGGUGGGAGUGGGACUAACAGGGUGACCCAGAUUGGAUACUGUCCCCCAUCAGUCCAUGCCUCCAGUUAAAAUGACAAAAGGGUCCGAUCUAGGCAGACAGACUGUAUAUGUUUUAGGGAUUCUUAUGGGUUUCAUUGAGUCUGUGCAAACCAACCUGAUUCACCCUACCUGAACGAAUAAGCGGAUCAAAACAUCAUGAUCCUUCAGUUUUUGCAGUUCUGCACAUUUACUGUUCUUGGCUUAAUAAACGUGCCCAAAUGCAUAUUAAAAGUGCCUUUUUAGGGUAAAAAUGUCUACAAAUGUGUGCGUCUUGAAGUAAAUUUCAUAUUUCGGUGAAAAAAGACCGGUCCAAAAUAAUGCACUUUUUCUUCUUCUUUUUUUAAAAGCAAAGUGAAUAGAAGCAGAACGGAGCAAACUUGUGAAUGAACAUGCUUGGAUCUGCCACAAACCAGAAAUAGACUUAUCUGUUCGUCCCUGAUGUGUUUUGGCUAACCUAACUACCCACUCACUCUUAACUUCCGGUUUAGUAAGAGUGCUUCUCUUUCUUUGCUGAGUUCUUUGGUUAUCAGUUAAUGGAGCUAGAAUGAAGUUUUAUCAAGCCUUCAGAUUGGCCCAACCAGGCUUAGAGUUCUUGCCUUCUUCAUAGCAAAGCGGCUUUUCUUAAAGGGGGUUCAAGUUAUUAUGCCGUUUUACUUUCUCAGCCGUGUGCUGCCAGUGGACUAGGCUAGUCCCCUAAAUGUUCCCAAUAAAUUAGGAGCCCGGUGCCUCCUUCCCUAAGCCUGGGAAGCUUCUGCUUGGCUUAGGGAGGGAAGCACGAUGCUCAUGCGCACAACAUCAGGACAUCGCGAUAUCACUGGUGCGAUGUUGCCCCCCUCACAAUCUGAUGACUGUGACCCGAACUGUUUCCCUAUGAAGAAUUUCACUGCAUGCUGCUGGAUUCUUCAUGAUACCAUAAUGUUCAUAAGCUGGCAUGGCGUCAUGACUACAGUGCUGGACUAAAACUCCUGGGAGGCCAGAGUUUGAAGCUCAUUCAGCCAUGAAGCUCACUGGGUGACCUUGGGCCAGUCAAUAUCUCUCAGCCUACCUCACAGGGUUGUUGUAGGGGUUCGUGGAAGAGGCUGUGAGUCCUGGAAGACCUGCUCCCUGCCUUGCAGGUCUUUUUCCACCUUGCCUGGGAGCCCUGACUGACUCCAGCUGCAAAAGCUGAGGCUGCUGAACAGACUUUUGGACUGGGGUGUUGUUGUGGGGUGGUUGCUGCUGCUGCUGUUGGGUUUUUCUUUUUUUUUGUAUCUUUACUAUAGAUCUUGUUCUGCUUUAUGUGGAAAUUGUUCAGUUUGGUUGUGCAUUUUAAAAAAAUAUUUAUUGCUCACGACUGCUUUUGUUAUGCUGCAGUUAUGUACUGUAUUUUUCCAUGUUGCAAGCUGCCUUGAGCAUAGUUUGAACUGUGGAAAGGCAGCAUACUAAUAAAAUUAUGUGUGUGUAUGUAUGUAUGUAUGCACAGGGUGUCCUGCCAGCCUAGCAGUUCGAAAGCACGUCAAAGUGCAAGUAGAAAAAUAGGUACCGCUCCGGCGGGAAGGUAAACGGCAUUUCCGUGUGCUGCUCUGGUUCGCCAGAAGCGGCUUAGUCAUGCUGGCCACAUGACCCAGAAGCUGUACUCUGGCUCCCUCGGCCAAUAAAGCAAGAUGAGCGCUGCAACCCCAGAGUCAGCCACGACUGGACCUAAUGGUCAGGGGUCCCUUUACCUUUAUGUACAGGGUGAGUUUUUUCAAGGGCCUCUUUUAAAGGACUCACAUUAUGAACUGAUGCUUUAGAAACCCUAUAGAAGAGUCCCUUAAAAGAAUGCUGGGUUUGGAUGCCAUAAGCUAAGGUUGCCGUAUUUCACAAGGUAAAAACCAGGAUACAUUUGUACCUUUGUUCUCGAACAGAAUGUGUUCUGGGAGUCCAUUCGACUCACAAAACCAUUCGAAAACCAAGGCACUGGAAGUUUGGCUUCCAAAAAUCAUUCGAAAACUGGAACACUCACUUCGAUCAUUCGGGUGCCGAUUUGUUCGGGAGCCAAGGUGUUUGAGAUCCAAGGUACAACUGUACCCCAAAAGUUGUUAAGCUUUUUAUAGGAAGACACCAAAAUUGUUAAGCUUUUUUUAAAGAAUAAAUUGUUCGGCUGACUUGUCUAAGAUCCAAGACAAAGCGCCGCCUUGAACGUCAAUUCCAUCUUUGAAAUGUAUGGCAGCCCUACUAUAAGCUAAUCUAACAUGGGUACUUAGGACAGUGUAUACCUUUAAAAGUUGUACAGUGGUGCCUCAGGUUACAUACACUUCAGGAUACAGACGCUUCAGGUUACAGACUCCGCUAACCCAGAAAUAUUACCUCGGGUUAAGAACUUUGCUUCAGGAUGAGAACAGAAAUUGUACUCGGGCAGCGCGGCGGCAGCAGGAGGCCCCAUUAGCUAAAGUGGUGCUUCAGGUUAAGAACAGUUUCAGGUUAAGAAAGGUUAAGAACGGACCUCCGGAACGAAUUAAGUACUUAACCUGAGGUACCACUGUAUAGAAGAGGAAUGAGAUAAAGAGCCCAGUUGGUAGAGCACAAGCCUCUUAAUUUCAGGGUCGUGGGUUCAAGCCCUGCAUUGGGCAAAAUAUUCCGGCUUUGCAGGAAGAUGACCCUCAUGGUCCCUUCCAAUUCUAUGUUUCUAUGAAUUAUUUCAGGAGGUGUAGCUUGUAUCUUUUGCCACCACUUGAGGACUGGCUUCCAGCCACAUAUUUGGCUGGUGGCUACAGGUACCUGAGCUGCUUAUAUCAUCUGUUCCCCUGUCAGCUUUACGCAGCGGAUGAGCUGGAUCAGUCUCUCCUGCCUCUAGGCAGGCUGGCGGCGGCAGCGUUGCAGCGUCCCAACUUAUUUUACGCCAAAUUAGUAAGAAAGCUAUAAGCGUCAAAACUGUGUCCUAUUUUUCCACUUGGCUUAGAGAGCCUGCCUCGUCCUUUUCCUCCUUUCGGGUCCCCCUGCACGAUGCGGAUUUUGAAGCUUGCACCAAAAAGUCUCUUUUGCCACCAGUUUAAGCGUUAAGAGCAUGCUCCUUCCGACAUGGAGAAUCGUGAAGUUUUGUGUAAGUCAGCCCUUGACUGAAGCAUUGCAGAACACCAACUGCACGAAUAAAAACACUGAGUGAAUCAUUAGUUGAAAUUAUUCCCCACUUAGCUAUUCAGCUGCUGAACAGGCUUGGAGAGUUAGAGGCAGGCCCUCUGAAAAGGUGGCCGCGGAGAACUGCUUAAUACCAGAGGAUUUGGAGAGGAUUCUUACCUUUGGUGAGCAGGGAUUACUUUCAAGCAAGAAGGCAGGGGAGCUUUGCAACAACAAAAAAGGGUGUUUCUUUUGUUUUGGACCGCAGGUAGCUAAUGUGCUGCACAAACUUGUGUAGGUGGACUUUGAAAGGCAAAGUCACAGCCUUUAUGGAAACUCCAGGAGUCGUAGAAUCAUUGAAUGGUUUGUUUAAAGACUCCCUUUCAUCUUCAAGUGGCUUUUUGUCAUCCAUUUUUUUAUGGGGGGGGGAUUGUUUAGUUUUCCAUUCCUAUGCUGUUUUGUCCAUAUAGCAGAUACUAUUAAAUGUUCAAGGGACGCGGGUGGUGCUGUGGUCUAAACCACAGAGCCUAGGGCUUGCCAAUCGGAAGGACAGCAGUUUGAAUCCCUGCAACGGGGUGAGCUCCCGUUGCUCGGUUCCAGCUCCUGCCCACCUAGCAGUUUGAAAGCACAUCAGAGUGCAAGUAGAUAAAUAGGUACCACUCCGGCAGGAAGGUAAACGGCAUUUCCGUGCGCUGCUCUGGUUCGCCAGAAGCGGCUUAGUCAUGCUGGCCACAUGACCCAGAAGCUGUAUGCCGGUUCCCUCGGCCAAUGAAGCGAGAUGAGCGCUGCAACCCCAGAGUCGUUCGAAACUGGACCUAAGGUCAGGGGUCCCUUUACCUUUACCUUUAGGGUAAAGGGUCUCAGCUAUACAGUUGCAAAUAAAAUGUUUAAAGUGUGUUUUAAGUGCAAUAUACAAUCUGACACUAGAUGGCGAGCCUUAUGGAAAAUUCGAUGUAUUUUUUAAACCCCUUUUUAAAAGUGCUAUUGGACGGUUUCCAGGGAUAUCAGACAGGAAUUGAUAUACAGUGGUGCCUCGCAAGACGAAAUUAAUCCGUUCCGCGAGAGUCUUCGUCUAGCGGUUUUUUCGUCUUGCGAAGCAACCCUAUUAGCGGCUUAACGGAUUAGCGCUAUUAGCGGUUUAGCGGCUAUUAAAGGCUUAAAGGCUUAGCGGAUUAGCUGCUAAAAGGCUAUUAAAGGCUAUUAAAGGCUUAGCAGAUUAGAUAAAGGGGGCGAAAAGCGGGAAAAAAAUCUCAAGACUUGCAAGACAUUUUCGUCUUGCGAAGCAAGCCCAUAGGGAAAUUCGUCCUGCGAAGCAACUCAAAAACGGAAAACCCUUUCGUCUAGCGGGUUUUCCGUCUUGCGGGGCACCACUGUAUUGCAUGGAGCAGUUCUUCUUUGUCCUUCAUCCAGCACCUUUUGUCCUCAAGACAGUCUUGAAGUGCUGCCUCCAUCUUACUCUAGGGGGUCUGCAAGCAUGCAAGUGUUUGAGACAGGGUGGAUCUACACACAGGGGGAAAACGCUAUAAAUAAGUCAGAAAUUAGAUGGUUAUAAUGAAAGAAAAAAUCCCUACGGAAAAUCGCGUAUAAAAAUUUGCUGCUCUCUGACGCCAUCUGGUGUGGCAUGUGGAUAGUGCUUUCAAAUUGCUGUUUUAUUCCUAAUGUAGUGGAGUCCGUAAUGUAUGACUCAAUGGAGAGAAGUGAUGGCCAAAUCCAGCGACAUUUGAAGUGGGUAAAGAAAACUCUUUAGAAAUAAAUUGUUGCUGUCUGCUCCAAAAUGAAUGGUCCUUUGGUGCCACUGAACCUUGCGUGAUCAAAUCCAACAUCACAGUAUUCAGUCACCAGGCAAAUGCAGCAACCUGCAAAGUCGCCGUCUUGCCAUCCAAUGAACAUAAUACUUUCAAUUCUGUCACGCACCAUGCACAUUUAAAAAUAAAUUAAAAGUCCUCCUUGGGUUAACUAGGAGACCAGAAGGAAUGGGAUCAAGCUACUUAUGUGGGUGUGAUGUUUGUGUUUUUUAAAAAAUACCAAAUCAGUAAGAAACUUCCUUUUGAGUAAAUUGUCUUGUACUAUGGGCUGCAUAGGGAUUUUUGCUAUCUUUUAUUGAGAUUAAUUUUUCUGCAAGCCAAACCUUGCUUCCCGAAUGGCUCUGUUUUGGAACAUUUCAGCUCCUGAACGCUGAAAACCUGGAAGUAAAUGUUCCGGUUUCCGAACGUUUUUCAGAAGCCAAACAUCUGACGUGGCUUCUGCUUGAGUGCAGGAAGUUCUUGCAGCCAAUCGGAAGCUGCGCCUCGGUUGCCGAAAUUUCGGAAGACGAAUGGGCUUCUGGAACAGAUUACGUUCAACCACUGAGGUUUGACUGUAUAUGUAAUAAAAGCUGAGGAUCAUAAUAAGAUGGUGUGGAUUAUACAUCACAAAUUUACCGAGGUCAUUCUUACAUCAUUUUUGUUUUUAAUUUCUUUUUUGCGUUUCACUUGUUUUUAAUAUUUUAUUGUUUGUUUUUGGUUUUUUUUAAUGUUGUUGUAAACCCACCACAAUAGAUACCUUUUUGAUACAGCAGUACACAAAUCUUUUUUAAAAAUAAAAUAAAAUCCCAGCCAGUCUAAAAUACAUAUCCUUGGACAGCUUGGAAGAAUGGUAGCUUUUUAGCAAGCUGUCCAGCUAUUAUCCAGUUGCGCUGAGCUCCUUUUUCUUUUUUAAAAAAGCAGGAAAACAAAAUUUAACCAACCAGUAGUAGGAGGCAGAUGCUGAAACUUAGGACAUAUGUAGAAAACCGAUGGAAAUGUCAUAUUAUGCAAGCAUGAGUUUUUUUGUUGCUGCUCUGUGACAGUCGGCAGGGUGGGGGGAAACGAGACCAGUGAUAUAAGCAGUGAUCAUCACAUUUGCUCGACAAUGAAUUUAAAAGAAGGCACAUGCAUAUAUCAGCACCGAAUGUGUCACUUGUGGGUUGUUUUGUUUUUAAAGAAAACCUCUUUUACGCUUCAGAUGAUGAAUAUCGAUUUGUAGCUUGCUCACAUUUGAGAAGAGAAGCAAAGGAGUUUGCUUUUCGUUUCAGGAUAUGUGUGUGUGUGUGUGUGUGUGUGUGUGUGUGUGUUUUCACACCGAGGUGCGAAAGGGUGACUUGCAUUACAACUUGCCGUGUUUCUAAUUCAUGCGGCUAAAAGUGAAGUGAGCCUCCAACCCCCCCCCCCACUGAACUGCACUGGCUUUCUUCUGCUUUUUUUGCCCAUAAAAGGAGAAAAGCAGCACCAUGUGACUUGCAGAGUGCGUGGAAGAAGAAAAAAAAGUCACAAGAUCAAAACCCUGUCUUAUUUCAGAAGGCAUUGAUGCUGGCGUUUAGGAGCUGUUGCUCUUGGUUUUUGUGCUAGUCUCUGAGGGUAUGUUGUCACUCGGAGAUGUUUUCUCCAGCUUUGUUAGCCUUCCUCACACGGCCUUUCUGUUUCUACCAUAAGCGAUGGUUUUGCUCUGACUGUUUUGAUGUAAUAUUUUAUUGGUACUGUGGCAGAGGGCUCCACUGAAUUGCCAUAAUAACCAACAGUCCUGAGUAACCUUCAGUUCUGGGAAAGGCAUCUUGAUGAGGAAGCAUAAUGAAAUAAUUUCGUGUUUCUGGAAUUAUUUAAGACCACUGGUGGGUGAGGGUGGGACCCUUUAUUUAGCCUGCUUGCAUGUGUAUUUAAGUCACAGGGGCAAGCUGGCCCGAUUUGGUAGGUCUAGUCAGCUGAUUUGCAAGCAGGUUUUGUUACUUAUCCUGAGUCCAGGCAAAUAUCUGCUGCAUGCAAAAAUUAGACCGUGUUCUAUGCCGAAUCAGACCAUUGGUCCAUCUAGCUGCCAUUGGUUUUAGACAGACAUCUCUGGGUUUUAAACCACCCUCUCUGUGUAGAUGGCGAGGAUUGAACUGAGGCUUUCUGUAUGCCACGCAGAAUCUCUACCACUGAGCUAUAGCCUAGGAGCAGGGUUAGAAACAGAGAUAUGAAAGCUAGGUGCUAAACAGCACCUUAAACCGAGGUUAUGGGCGCAACAACAGAAUGUCUUGGUGAGUUUUUUUGUGACAAGAAUACAAAGCUGAAAAUGAAUGAACUACAGCUAAAACCUUAUGUUCCUUUUUCACAUGCUGUAGUCCUUCCCCUGCCCAGCCCCCUAAUACUGUAUUCUUAAGAGGGUCUCUUCACCAGUCUUCGGAGAGUAGCUGGAAGUGGGGAGGCAGAAAAAGGUCCUCCUUUCCUUCCACCUUGCAGUUUUAAUCUGAAAUCUUAGGUGAGCUCAGAAACUGCUUGUGCUAAUUAUGAAAUUCCCUGUUGCAAGAUGCGCCUAGAACAAGGGGAGUUUCAAAUGCUGCCUAGGAGGUGUUCAGAUUUAGGGAGUAGUUUAGGGUGCAGGGGGACGAGGCAAAGUCAAACCUUUUCUUUUCUUUUUUACUUGGGAGACGUUCCUCCUGGAAUUAUGAUUGGAAUGACUGCUGAGCUUGUUUUGGACCACUAGUGAAUUACUGUGAUAGUGGAGUCGGUAGAGCAUGAGACUCUUUAAUCUCUGGGUUGUGGGUUGGAGCCACAUGUUGGGCAAAAAGAGUCCUGCAUUGCUAGAUUACUCUCAUGGUUCCUUCCAACGCCACAAUUCUGUGAUUCUAUACUAUUGGCAGAAAUUCAGGAAGAUAAUUUCAUCUGAGACCUUCGCUUCAAGACAUUUCACUUCAUUUUUUAAAUUUCAUGAUGACGCAGAAACUCCCAAGGAGGUGUCAGUCAUUUUUCCAGGUCUUCUACUUUGAAACAUUGCUAGGGAUCGCCAGCCUAUAAUGUAGUGGUGGACGGCUUGGCGAGGUUGAUGUCAAACACAUUGACAGAAACGCCAGAUUGGUUCCGCUGAUGCAUUUGCCCCUCUCCCUCCCAGUAAGCAGCAACUAUGCAACAGGCCGGAGGUCAGGUGAGUGGUGGCAGCCUACCAUGCCAUCUGCUGCUGUGUGUUUGUUGUUGUUUAGUCGUCUAGUCGUGUCCGACUCUUCGUGACCCCAUGGACCAGAGCACACCAGGCACUCCUGUCUUCCACUGCCUCCCACAGUUUGAUCAAACUCGUGUUGGUAACUUCGAGAACACUGUCCCACCAUCUCGUCCUUUGUCAUCCCCUACUCCUUGUGCCCUUAAUCUUUCCCAACAUCAGGGUCUUUUCCAGGGAGUCUUCUCUUCUCAUGAGGUGGCCAAAGUAUUGGAGCCUCAGCUUCAGGAUCUGUCCUUCCAGUGAGCACUCAGGGCUGAUUUCCUUAAGAAUGGAUAGGUUUGAUCUUCUUGCAGUCCAUGGGACUCUCAAGAGGCUCCUCCAGCACCAUAAUUCAAAAGCAUCAAUUCUUCGGUGUUCAGCCAUCUUUAUGGUCCAGCUCUCACUUCCAUACAAAAACAACAGACUGCUGUGUGUGUGUAUGUAUUUAUUAUUUGUAUAAUUUAUUCGUUGUCAGCUGGGUAGCUCAGUUGCUUAGAGAGAGGUGCUGAUAAUGCCAAGGUUGCAGGUUCGAUCCCCUUAUGGGACAGCUGCAUGUUCCUGCGUUGCAGGGGGUUGGACUAGAUGAUCAUCAGGGUCCCUUCCAACUCUACUAUUCUAUGAUCUAGGUCUGUAGAUCUCCCUUCAUCCUUCACCAUUAAUUUUAGGUUGCCUAAAAUGAGAGGAUAGAAUGAGACUGCAGAGUUGUCGGGCAGUAUCACUUCUGAUUGGAGUUAGUUAAUAGUAAUAAUUUAGAAAUCCUGCAUGUAGAAAACCAGGACAUCAAGGAAAAUAGGUUAUUGCAGCUCUAUUCCCCUGAUGUUCUGGUUUCCUGCACUUAGGGGCUUCAUACACAGCACCCAAGAAGCUUGGGAACUGUGAUUUACUCCCCACAGAGCUGUGAUUCCCAGCACCCUUAACAAAGUGCAGUUUCCAGAAUUCUUUGGGGAAAGCCAAGUGCUUUCAAUCUAUGGUAUGCAGUCUAUGAGUACAGUGGUACCUGGGGUUACAUACGCUUCAGGUUACAUAUGCUUCAGGUUACAGACUCUGCUAACCCAGAAAUAAUACCUCGGGUUAAGAACUUUGCUUCAGGAUGAGAACAGAAAUCGUGCUCUGGCGGCGUGGCAGUAGCGGGAGGCCUCAUUAGCUAAAGUGGUGCUUCAGGUUAAGAACAGUUUCAGGUUAAGAACGGACCUCCGGAACAAAUUAAGUACUUAACCCGAGGUACCACUGUAUUUUCUGUGGAUUGCCUUCAGGAACGAAAAGUGCCUACUCACCUGCAGUCUGAAGAAGCACGGCUCAGAGUUCUACAGGGUGAUUUUGCAUAACAUUUUGCAAAUCACCCAAGUCCCAACACUGUAAUUGCUAGACUACGUGGGCCUCCAGUGUCAGCUAAAGGUUCCCGGAUGCUUCUCCUCUGUGCAGCCAGUGUUGCAAUUUCCUCAUGAGACGUGAGCAGUGGUCAGUACGUUUGGAAGACCCAUUUGCAGGACAAUUAUGUUCUGCCUUCCACCGUUCAGCAUGUCAUCAUAACAAUUAAAGAGUAGAAUAGCGGAGGACCGGAUUUUUUUAAAAAAGAAAAGUCACUGGAGCCUUUUAUCUUGCUGGUCUGUGGUCAAUGUUGUUUUUAACCAUGCUGUUACGCAGUUCUUCCCACUCCCAUGACUUAAUUUUUAAUGCAAGCUGGAAGACUGAUCAUAUGGCCUUCAUUAUUUCUUCCUCAGCAGGAAACUUCCAAAGCAAGCAGCUGUGUAUUGCCUUAAGUUAAAUUGACUGUAAAGUGCGAUUGCUCAAACUUGGCAUGUGUGAUAAGCUUCUCUCCCAAAACAUACAGUUGGGCAGUUGAGUUAUAGGUACUGAACUAGCUUCCUUAAAAAAAAGAAGUGUGCUUUAUCUAUGGCUAAAACAAUUUUGUUAGAUGGCUCCUAAACUGUAACGUAUAUAAUUCUCUUUACUUUACUGGAAUAUAUUGAUUAGGAAACAAAAGCUAUGCAUCUGAGAGGGGCUGUGCAUUUCUCAGCCCCAAGCCUCUCUCUCUCUCUCUUAUUACACUGCCAAACACUUUUGAAAUCCUAGGGAAUUUCAAAAGCAAUUUGUAAUGUGGCAUGGGGACCUGCUAUUCGUUGAAAAAAGUUUUUAAAAAAAAAUAAAUAAAUUGCUGGGCAUGACUAAAGUACAUGUUUGGGUAAAAAGGUAAAGGUAAAGGGACCCCUGACCAUUAGGUCCAGUCGUGACUGACUCUGGGGUUGCGGCGCUCAUCUCGCUUUAUUGGCCGAGGGAGCCGGCGUACAGCUUCCGGGUCAUGUGGCCAGCAUGACUAAGCCGCUUCUGGCAAACCAGAGCAGUGCAUGGAAACGCCGUUUACCUUCCCGCCAGAGCGGUACCUAUUUAUCUACUUGCCCUUUGACGUGCUUUCAAACUGCUAGGUGGGCAGGAGCAGGGACCGAGCAACAGGAGCUCACCCCGUCGUGGGGAUUGGAACCGCCGACCUUCUGAUCGGCAAGUCCUAGGCUCUGUGGUUUAACCCACAGCGCCACCUGCAUCCCACACAUCAGUUAUGAGGAUGGUAAACAAAACUCUAAAUGUAGUUGAAGGCUGUAUGGACAGAAUCUUUCAAAAGCAAGAGCGGCAGGGGGACAUGGUAUUCCUCCAUGAGAUGGAAAACAAAGGUCUGUCUUCUUGGCCUGGAAGUAAUACAUAUUCAGCAGGCUGUAUGUAGACGAUGAAAACGUGAGUCCAAGACUAUCUAGGUGGCUUCUGUGAGUGAUCUUUGGGAGCUUCCACAUGGGAGUUUAUUGUAGAAUCCAUGCUGCUCAGGCCUGCAGCUUUUUCACAGCUUCUCCACGAUGUUGUCCUCUUCAAAAUGCCAUCCCAGAUCUCCCCACCCCAGUUUAAUCUGGCUUUAUCACUUCUACUUUAAUACAAUACAUACAUCAAGUUUUUCCUGCUGCAAUGGAAAUACCUGUGUGCCCAUGGUGUACGUGCUUCAUGCCAUGGCUGACCCCAAAGGUCAGAUAACUUUCCUCACGAGAAAGCGUCCUUCUGAGGAGAAACCUUUUACUUCAUGUUUUUGAACAGAUUCAGUUUUCAGAGGCUUUGGACUUCAACGUGGCUGUGUUCAAUUUGGGUUUUAAGCUAGGCUGUUUUGCAAAAGAGACUGUAUUCAAAAAUAUCCCGUUUCUGAACCUAUUGGGCAUGCUUUGGUUCACCCAUGGCUCUUAUAGGUGUGGCAUUGAUGGAGGGGGUGCACCAUCUCUCAAGAACAGUGUUUCUCAACCUUGGGUCCCCAGAUGUUGUUGGACAACAACUCCCAUCAUCCCUGAGCUCUGGCCUUGCUAGCUAGGGAUGAUGGGAGUUGUAGUUCAACAACAUAUUGGGACCCAAGCUUGAGAAAGGCUGAUCAAGAAUGUAACCAAGCAGGACAAAGGAGGAACCUGGUUGUUUCAAUUCAGCUAUGUGGAUAUGAAAGGUGACAACCCAUUUGCGGUCGCAGCUGAAGCACUGGUACCCCUCUAAGGGGGAAGUGGGGCUGCCCAAGGCAGUGGCUUCACCCUGUCUAGUGGCUGGGCCCAGCCGUGCUGAGGUUCCCUGAUCAGGAUACAUAUCAAUCAUUUGAGGAGCAGAGAGGGGGCAGCCAUUUCUCCUCAGCUGAGGAAAAGAGGGUGGGCUGUCUGUAACUUGAACCAAGGAUUGUAAACUGCCUUGCAGCCUUGUCUUCAAACUGCGGUUUAAAGCUAACUACGAAGAGCAUUAAUCUUGGUGCAGGUGCAAAUGUGUACCACGGUUCAUGAUGAAAAGAGACACAGCAGACAGUUUGCAUGAGAGGGACCCCCAUGGGGCGUUCUGGCCUCUUCGUUAGUCCACCUUUGCAUGGAAAAACAGAAACGUCAAACAAACGUUUCUGAGCACAAUUCAAAGUGUUGGUGCUGACCUUUAAAGCCCUAAAUGGCCUCAGCCCAGUAUACCUGAAGGAGGGUCUCCACCCCCAUCGUUCAGCCCGGACACUGAGGUCCAGCUCCGAGGGCCUUCUGGCAGUUCCCUCAUUGCGAGAAGUGAGGUUACAGGGAACCAGACAGAGGGCCUUCUUGGUAGUGGCGCCUGCCCUGUGGAACGCUCUCCCAUCAGAUGUGAAGGAAAUAAGCAGCUAUCUUAUCUUUAAAAGACAUCUGAAGGCAGCCCUGUUUAGGGAAGUUUUUAAUAUUUAAUGCUGUAUUGUUUUUAACACUUGAUAGGGUGCCGCCCAGAGUGGCUGGGGAAACUCAGCCAGAUGGGUGGGGUAUAAAUAAUAAAUUAUUAUUAUUAUUAUAAGUAGCAGUAGUAGUACAUGACAGGUUAUUUGAGCAGCAUUCCACUUACAGUGCAAUUAUUUAAUAACAAUGUUCUGGAUUUAAAAUUGGCAGGUUUCGCUCUUCGCUUAGAUCUCUAGGAGACUUUGGAGAAUUCCUGAAGAGGUAAGAUCACAUCUGUCAUCUGUCUGUCUGUCUAUAUCUAUCUAUCAUCUGUCUAAUCUAUCAUCAUCUAUCUAUUUUUGUUGGUUGCUUACUUCAGUACCUAGAAAGCUUUUGACCUCCACCACUUGUUUUAACUGGAAUAGUUAGUCAUCACUAUUUUGGAAUCCCUGCUCUGGGAACUUUGAAAGUGCACAAAGACGUGAAAACUUUGAUUUCUUGCUCCCCUCCUCAGCCCAGUUCUCUAUUUCUCAUGCUUUGCUUCCAGCUACUUUCACAGAUUCCAUUGCGACUCGCUUCAUAGGGAAUGCUGAUGGGCAGGCUCAAACUGGGGUAGCAGUCAUAAAGAAAUUCACCCUUCCUCUUUCUGGCAGGAGGGGGAAACUGCUUCAUUUUUGAGAAGUGGGAGAAAAAAAAUAACGUACAGUGAAGUCAUCCUUAAAAUUUGCAUCGUAGUCAGCGGCUUACUAAGGGCAUCACUUGCCACAUGCCUUGGGAAGACGUUGCCACAGCAGAGGCUGAUGACUUUUGGUAACCUGAGGGGACGUGGAAUCCUUUGAUAAUUGCAAAAUAGCAUACCAUGUGCAUGGUUCAUCGUGCGCACAAUUGGAACUGUCCUUUCAUUGGACGCCUUGCAAAACCGGAGUGGGGAAAGGGAUCUGGCUGGUGGGCCCAAUCCGUAUCUCCACCCCCCUCCUGUGGGCCAGUGCUGUCAAUCAUCUGAUGUUGCAGUGAUGUCAGGUUUUCUUUCACCUGCUUGGUUUGCAGUCAAACUGUAUAGGCUGAAAAGUGUGUGCAGUGCUUUGCGAGCGCUGGCGAUUGACCGAUUCUCCGCGCUGGGGAAGCCCUAGGGACAGUGCUUUUCCACCUCUGUCAGCUGAUAGCUGGCAGUUCUGGAAGUUCUGCUCAAGGGGCAGCCGCUCAUCAGCAUCUGAAAAGCCCCUUUCAUCCAAGCCCCACCCUUACCUGCCCCACACCUGACAUCCUAGAUGACGCCAGGUGUAAGGCAGAUGGGCGUGGCUUGGGGCAGAUCUGGUGAAGCUAAUUGCACCUGUGGGCUGGAGAUUCGUCAUCCCUGUUGUAGGAAGAUCAGUCUGCGUCUCUUAAAUGGUGUUUUAUAUAAAGUAAUUGUUUUAUUGAUGAUUAUUUGUUGAUUAUUUCAUAUGAUUUGUGCUGCAAUUGUGAUGUUCUGUUAAGUAUUUGUUAUUUAUUGCUUGUAAGCCGCUUUGGGAGUCAUUUGAAUGAAAAGCAGCUAAGGGCUGGGUGAUAUCUGGCUUUCUGCAUCGUGAUAUAUAUCAGUAGCUAAAUACCUUGAAAUGCUGAUAUAUCACGAUGUCUGAAAUGUAUCCUGGCCGCUUCCUUCGCCGUAGAGGAGGAAGAAGCAGCCGAGAUACAUCGCCCAGCCCUAUAGUGAGCAAGCCCUGAUACCUCUCCGGUUCACGUGCGAGCCUGAGGGGCAUUGGGGUUUUUGUUGUACUCUUCAGCUGGGGGGGGCGAGAAGCCUCCUGCCCCUCAGCUGAAUGAGCCCCCAUACCGCUCUGGCUCAUGUGAGCUGGAGGGGUGGGAGGCUUCCUCAAAGGCAGGCAGGCGGAACCUGAAAGGUGCGCACCCAGAACCUUCUCAGACUCCAUCUGCAGGCAAUUUGACCUGGCGCAAUGUAUUGCCCACUCAAGUGGUCUGAAACAGUAUCGUGAUCUGAAUGCCAUUUAAGCAAUUUAUCAACAUAUCUCCCAGCUCUGAAAGCAGCAUAGCGAUACCAUCAGUCAAAUCAAAUCAAAUUGUAAGUCUGAGGUUAGUGCGCCGUUAACGUUCUGCAAGGGAAAGCGGGGAGCAUUGAGUGCCUUCUCUGUAGUGGCACCCAGAAUGUGGAAAACUUUCCUGAAAGAGGUUUGGUUGGCUCCCUCUCUCUUCAGUUUUAGGAGAGGCGGCGAAGACUUUGUUUAUUCCACUGUGCUGUUAGGUUAAAAUCCUGUACUCGCUUAGCUGGAGGUGGGCUCGUUGACUUCAGUGGCGCUUCUUUUUUGAGUACGCAUGCAUAGGAUCACACAGUGCAUCCGUUUCAACCUCCUGUUUUGACCGUGUAUUUUGAAGCUGACAUGGUUAUUUUAUGCCUCACCCAAACUGCUAUCUUAAUGAUAUGCACUGCAGUCCUAGGCAUGUAAUUCCCACUGAGUUCAAGGAUGCUUUGCUCAGUUAAGACCUGGAGCCUUCAUUGAUACAUUGAAUUCCACCCUCAUUUAUUUUUGUUGGUUUUUGUGUGUGUGUUUUAAAUAUGGGAACUGCCUCGGGGGCUGAAAGAAGAGGCUGAAAUGUCCUGAAACUAAAUAAAUAAUAUAAUCGCAACAUUCAUCGUACCACCCUAACUGCAGCACUGAGUUUAUUCUGCUCCCAAGGGAAGGCUGAGUAGUGUCUGAAUCUGCUUGUCUGUGAGGCAUCUGACAUUCAGAGUAUCUGAAUUAUAGGCUGAAUGGUUUGGCCCGACCUUCGGAAAAGUUGUGGAAAUGGCUUUUUAUGAUUGCUUUUCACACCCACUUACACGCAGAUGAGAAGCAGCCUUAAAAAAUGCUGGUCACUCAGAGUUAUGUUCACAAUAUAUUUACUCCAUAUAAAAUUUUUGAUGUCUCUGAGGUCACUCAAACAGAAGGCAGGUUACAUGGCAAAUCAUGUAACAAUUGUGUUCUGGUUUUUAGAGCAAAAUAACACAGGUGUCUGCAGAUGGAUGCCAUAAGAGGAUGACUAAGACAAGUUGAAAUGAAGUGUCACUUUAAAAGUAUCGCUGUACUUUGGUUUCUGAUUAAAUGGGACAUGCCUACUGUUGGUAGGCUGUAAUUGCUGCUUUAAAUGUGCAGCUCUAAUUUAAUUGACGGGAGUCCCAAAGAUGUACUUGGUUAGAUAGAGAUAAUACUAAAACCUACAUAAUGUCGGGGAAGUAGGUACUAAGGGGCAUAGUGACUGCGGGUCACUAAACAUUGUUACCUGUGAGUAAGUUGCAUUGAUUCUGGUGCUCUUUACAUUGUUAAUGUAAUUGGUUUUGUUUGUUUGCUUGUUUCAAGUGGCUAGGAAUAUAGGUGAGAUAUUGUGAUAUGAGAUUGAGGUUUGGUGUUCUGUGCCUUGGCCUCUCUCUAAGCCAACAUUGUAUUUGGGCUGGGCAAUAUCAACAUCUCAGUAUAUCACCAGCUAAACAUCGUGAUAUACCAAUAUAUCACAAUGUCUGAAAUAAGGAUGGAGCUCUGUAGAGGCAUUGGCUGGCUUCAUGCUUUUUCCCACGUUGUGAGUUUUUUGCAUAGCACUCAGGCACAUCAUGAUUCACAAUAUAUUGUCAGAUCAAAAUCACGAUAUGGACUUCAAACUGGUUUGGGACUAUAUAUCGCUAUAUUGCCCUGCCCUAGGUAAAGGUAAAAGGACCCCUGACAGUUAAGUCUAGUCGCAAAUGACUCUGGGGUUGCGGCGCUCAUCUUGCUUUACAGGCCAAGGGAGCCGGCGUUUGUCCGCUUCCACAGACAGUUUUUCCGGGUCAUGUGGCCAGCAUGACUAAGCCGCUUCUGGCGAAGCCAGAGCAGCACAUGGAAACGCCGUUUACCUUCCCACUGGAGUGGUACCUAUUUAUCUGCUUGCACUGUGUGCUUUUGAACUGCUAGGUGGGCAGGAGCUGGGACCGAACAACGGGAGGUCACCCUGCCGUGGGGCCUCGAACCGCCGACCUUCCGAUCGGCAAGUCCAAGUGGCACAAUGGUUUAAACCACAGCGCCACCCGCAUCCCAUCCCCCUGCCCUAUUUGGUGUUAAAUGUGAGAAGGUUCUUCUGUGCCUUUCUCUCUCUACCCAUAUAUGUUAUACUUCCAUACGUUCGAUGAAUGUUGAAAUUGCAGUCCCUUUUCAUUGACUGUUAGCAGUUGGGAUUUUAAGAACAAAGAAGAAAGUCUAAACUGUGACGCUAAAGGAGAAGUUGCUUGAACAGGGUUUGUGUAUAUGUAAACCUCAAGUAUCGCAUAAGAUGAUUACUGACUCCCUGAUUCCAUUGUUGCAGAUUACUGAACCAGAUUCAAGACAAACACAUUUCCAGGUAAGAAAUUACUCGGUGUAUCAAAUGCUUUCUUACGUAGCAUACCGAUUAAUAUUUUUAGGUCUGUUUUGUAAAUCUAGCAUUGUGUGUUUCAUUUAUAUAUAAAUACACUUGUCCAUGGGCUAAAGUUCUGUAGGGACCUAAUCACACGAGGAGCGCUACAUAAUUAUGACUUCAACCAAAGGGAAUGCCAGAAGCCAUGGUGCCCUUUCAGUUUGUUGGAAACUUGUGUGCUCCUCAGAACCACCAAAAAGUCAUUUUUAAGUUAGGAGGAGAAUGUACAUUUACAUAACGCAUAGCCUAUUCAGUGUUCUUAUAGGGCCGUUUUGAGCAGGUUAUCUUGGCCCGGGGAAAGUUGUAGCUGGUGAAGCAGCAAAAAACUAGUAGAAAGACAAUUUCAGCCCCUGAGGCCCUUGGCCGCCUAGAGAUGAGAGUUGCAUCUAGGAAUAUCCUCAGACUAUGAAACUGGUGUGAAAACCCAUCCAGAACAGGCGACGGAUGUAUAUCCUAGACUUAGCAACACAGGGCCUUUAUCUUGCUAGAAUUAAGUUUAUUGGCCCUCAUUCAUCUGGACCCUGGUCCAGAACUUAUAUGGCCACUCCUGAUUCAGAUAUAAUGGAGAAAUAGACAUAAUUGUAAGACCAGUAACUGGACAUUUGUCUCCAAUGAGAUAACAGUAUUAUCAUGCUGUGCCAUCCAUAAUAAAUAGGUAGUCCCAUUUAUCCUUAUUUUCAAAAGUUAUCCCUUUAUUUUCAGAGCACCAGUCUUCUCAGAUAUUAGGGGUGCCUCUCAUUUCCAUAUUGUAUAAUGGCUGCCUUUAUCUCGGACAGCGCAGCUUCAAAUGGACCCUUAUUUGUUGACAUUUUGAUUUGGCAAUGCUCAUUGUUUGAGUACCACUGCAGUGAUGCACAUUGGAGACCCUCAGGCAAAGGGUUCUGUCUGCAGGGAAGCAUUUUGCUUGUAGACUGGUGGAGAACUAGCCUAUAUGGUACAUUAAAAGAAGCAGAUGAGCCAAAGACCGGUCUGUUUUUCCUGAGUAGCAGGAACAAAUCUGGAUGCUUACUAUUGCAGGACAUGUUGCCAGAAAUGUACUUGGAGCCACACCCAGGCAAAGUUAAAAAACAGGAUGCUGUUCCGUUGUGUGCGAACGGCAUCUGGAAAUAGCAUAGACCUGAUGCUUCUUUCAGGGGGAUGGAGAACAGUUUUGCUUAUAAGUAGAUAAAUGUCCACUGUGGUAUUUUUAUAAAGGCUCUCUUAAUACUGAGUAGUGGACUCUUUUGAAUACCGCAGUUAUAAAAUGUCACUCAGACAUUUAGCUAGUGAAAAAAAUGACUUUUCCUUCUGUGAAUCCCCCCUGCCCCCAUGCAUAACAGUAAACAAUUUUUAGGGUGGUUUUUUGUUUUGUUUUUCUGGCUGUAUACUGUUCCAUGUGCACUGGAGACAUCUCUGGGUUUUUAGUUUGUGAGCAUUUUAGGUGAGCUCUGAAAGCCUUUUGCUAAAUAGCAGUGAUAAUUAAGAAGGUGAAAAGCAGAAAUUUAAUUGAUCUCCAUUUCCUAUAACUAUUAGUAGAAGCAGUUGCCGUCAUCAUCACAGUUGUUAAAAACCUGAACUGUCACAGUACAAUAAAAUAACUCUGUAUUCUGAAGCCCUUGGUCCUCCCUCAGAAAGCUAUAGCCACCAGACCCCUACUUAAAUAGUUUUCCACCCAUCCAAGAACCCCAGCACUGGGAUUUCCAAAGCGUGUGUGACACAACUAACAAAAUUUUUGGGUGGAGGGAGCAGAAGAGCGAAAAUGUAAUGCCAAGAAAUGUAAUGCCAGACAACAGUGAUAGCAAAUUAUCUGCUGGAACUAAUAGGCAGCAGUGAAAAAAUUAAGAAAACCAGUGAGAACUUUGUAAAUAAAGUUUUCCAUAAUUCAAAAAUCUAAUAAAGCCCAAAAACAUGGAAGCAAAAAGUACUUCAGAGGGUUUUAGACAGAACUACAGAUUAAUGCUGGCAAUAAAGACCAGCACUCGGAUCUUAAUUUCUUUUAAGCUGCCAGUUUCUUCUGUAGAUCAAAAAUGAUCUCAGGAAUUUAUGAUUUGAGGUGCCCAAGCUUUUAUAGUCAGCUCCAACUGUUCAUGACAUUAGCACUGGUUUUUUUGUUUUUUGUUUGCCAGUUGGUGUGAAAUGCAACAGAUAAGAGGGGCUAUUCAUCUACUGCAGCCUUAAAAGCUUGAAUGUGUGCCCUGAAAACAAAUGCCACACAGAUUUAAUAAGCUUGUGACGUGUGGAGGAACCAGGCAUGAGGCAAACAUUCUCCCCUUUGGUCGCCAGCUAUUUGCCGCUUACUGAUUCUUGAGUCGUGUCACCUGAUGGUAAUGGGGGCGGCAUCUUGUGAUGCAAUCCUGAGCAAAGCAUCAAAAGGGCUCCCCCAUUAUUGGCAAGGGCAGUCAUUGGCAGCAUCCCUGCAUUCAUAACGUAAACAUGGGAGCUGUGCACUUAAUACCUUGAUAUCUCCUUGAUUCACAGCGACAGAUUAUUGAUUCAUUUUGCUGUGUAGUAAAAAGAACCCCAGCACUAACAUUUUAUCAAUUUUUAAAAUAUUGAAUAAAACAUGAGAACUAGAAAUUCAUGUGGACUUGCCAUCAUUUUAGCUAUCAGCUAGCAUCUGUCUAUCUAUCAUCUAUCAUCUAUCUAUCAUCUAUCUAUCUAUCAUCUAUCUAUCUAUCAUCUAUCUAUCUAUCUAUCUAUCUAUCUAUCUAUCAUCUAUCUGUCAUCUCUAUCUAUCAUCUAUAUCUAUCAUCUAUCAUCUAUCUUAUCUAUCUAUCAUCUAUAUCUAUCUAUCAUCUAUCCAUCUAUCUAUCAUCUAUCUAUCAUCUGUAUCUAUCAUAUCUAUCUAUCAUCUAUCUAUCUAUCUAUCAUCUAUCUAUCUAUCUAUCUAUCUAUCUAUCUAUCUAUCUAUCUAUCAUCUAUCUAUCUAUCUAUCUAUCUAUCUAUCUAUCUAUCUAUCUAUCUAUCUAUCUAUCUAUCUAUCUAUCUAUCAUCUAUCUAUCUAUCUAUCAUCUGUCUUUCUGUCUGUCUAUCUGUCUGUCUGUCUAUCUAUUUAUAUCUAUCUAUCAUCUAUAUCUAUCUAUCUAUCUAUCUAUCUAUCUAUCAUCUGUCUUCACAGCUAUUAUUCAACCUUCCAAUUACACUCAUAAGGCCUGGGUUUAAAACAUAGUUGCUUCCUCUUUGUCAAAAAGCUCUGGAAUUUCCUUUGUGUUGCUGUGCAUUAUGGACACUACAUUUUUCUCCUUGCCAUAACUGAAUUAAUUCCGGAAGUCUGUGGCUGAGUCCUGCUGAUCCUUGUACAAAACACAGCCUGCUAUAGAUCGCUACCUACAGUGAGAAGUAUUGGCUGUCCUGCCUACCUACAUUUUUGAGAAUGCAAGUAUCUGCAAUGCGCUUUUUGCCCCGCUUCCGUUUUGCUCUUCGGAAGGCAAAUAUUGCCACUUAGUGGAUGACUCCUCUAACUGCAGUAUCUUCAAAAGAUAAAUGGAAGGCCUGUUGCUGAUCGGCAUGUUUGGCCUUGGUUGCCAAAGUUCUUAAAUUAAAUGGAGACUUUGCCCAACAUGUCCAUAUUGAAUUUCUAUGUGGUUAUAAAGAAACUCAUAGAAUCAUAGAGUUGGAAAGGACCACCAAGGGCCAUCUAGUAAAAGGUUGGUCAAGGACCCCUGGAUGGUUAAGUCCAAUCAAAACCGACUAUGGACUUGCAGCGCUCAUCUCACUUUCAGGCCGAGGGAGCCAGCACUUUCUAGGUUAUGUGGCCAGCAUGACUAAGCCACUUCUGGCGCAGUGGGACACUGUGACAGAAACCAGAGCACACGGAAACACUGUUUACCUUCCUACCGCAGCGGUACCUAUUUAUCUACUUGCACUGGUAUGCUUUCGAACUGCUAGGUUGGCAGGAGCUGGGACAGAGCAACGGGAGCUCACCCCGCCAUGGGGAUUUGAACCACCGACCUUCUGAUUGGCAAGCCCAAGAGGCUCAGUGGUUUAGACCACAGCGCCACCUGUGUCCCUCAUCUAGUCCAACGCCCUGCCAUGCAGCAAUCUCAACUAAAUCUCAUGCAUGUCUUGACGACAUGUCCAACAUUAGAACAAUACAGUGGUACCUUGGUUUACAACCAUAAUCCGUUCUGGAGGUCCGGUUGUAAACCAAAGCAGGUUGUAACUUAAGGCGUGCUUUCGCCAAUGGGUCCUCCAAAAAAGAAAAAGGGUUGUAAUCCAAAAAAAGGGACACGCACUUUUGGAUUACACGUGGUUGUAAUCCAAAACGGUUGCAAACCAAGGUACCACUGUCGUAUAAAAAGCUAUAAAUGUGUAACAGGGAAGGAAAAAGGAUUCCUUAUCAAAUAUAGAAAAAUCAAGAUUAAGGAGCCUUUUUACUAACAUUUUAUUAGAUCAUUAGAUUAAGAAAUGUUUCAAAGAAUAAUCAUGCAAACAUGAUUCAGCCAUAGCAAUGUAACAAAAAAAGACCCCAACCCUACACACUUUCACCCAACAGCCCCAAGAAUAUACCUAGAGGGGGAAAAUACUCCUGUAAUAGAAGGAAUGGGGACCAAUGGGAUAGAAGCAAUGACAACGAAAACCACUUCUAAAAUCACUUUCCUGUGAGUAUCUAAGAUGCACUGCUCCCAUCUCUAGACAUCUGAGAGCGUAGACUAUAUAUAAAACCAAAUUUCAGGAGGCAAAUCUGAGGUUUUCAUUGCCUUUGCUGUAGGGGCCUCCUGACGCCAAUAUGUGGAUGUUUGCAGGGGAGCCUGCCGGUGUGGGAAGAUAGCAAGUGCACAGCAAGAGCCCAAGACGUAACUUCAUACGCAGUGUUCGAAACUCCCAUUGUUCUAGGUGCAUUUUGUGACAUGGAAUUUCAUUAGCGCGAGUCGUUUCUGAGCUCUGGGCGCAAUACUGCGCCUAAGAUUUCAGAUUAAAACUGCAGAGCGGAAGGAAAGGAGGACCUUUUUCUGCCUCCCCACUUCCAGCUGCUUUUCAAAGACGGGAAAAGAGACCCUCUUAAGAAUAUUAGGGAGGUGGGCAGGGGAAAGACUAGAGCAUGUGGGAAAUGAACAUAAUAUUUUAGCUGCAGUUCUUUCAUUUUCAGCUUUGUAUUUUUGUCAUUAAAAAGUGCAUCUAGACAUUCUGUUGUUGCACCCACAACUAAGCUUUAAGCUGCCAUUUACCGGUAGCUCCUAACUUUCAUAUCUCAGUUUCUAACACUGUUCAUAUGAGAUGCAGGUGAAUGCAUGAAUAUAUAGGCUAGCAUUUGUUUCUGUUGUUUUGCUCUUUACACACCCUUGGGGAGCUGGGCGUUAUUAUUACAGCUAUUAAUACAGGAAAAUUUCAAGAGUAGUUUAGUAAAUUCUGCCCCCCUCUCUCGAACCCACGUUCUGCCAUUCAGGCCCCAUUAUUUGCAAGAUCAUAGCUGCCUGAGACGACCUGGCAGCAUCCUUUUUGCAACCGGGCUGAUGUCUCUUAGCCUUGCCAGUACAACUGGUGGCAUUCUGCUUCCGAAAUCCUUCAGCGGUGGGUGGUAAACAAAACAGAGGACUUGUGUUGGGCUGCUACCUAUCAGCGCUGCACAGAAUAAGUGGGUGUGAAUAGACAACAGGGAACAACUUUCCUCAACAACAAGUGGAGCACGAGACUCUUAAUCUGAGGGUUGUGGGUUUGAGCCCCAUGUUGGGUGAGAGAUUUCUGCAUCACAGUGGGACGGACUAGGUAGCUCGUGUGGUCCUUUCCAACUCUACAAAUCUGUGGUUCUAUGAUUCCUUUCGUUCUGUAGGCUAGUUUUCUAAAAUGGAUGCGCCAAUUAGCCCACACCCUCUCACCUUUUUUUUUUUUAGCUUGAUGUUUUUCCUGAUGGAUAUUACCAUAUUUUCCCAUGUACAGUGGUACCUCGGGUUACAUACGCUUCAGGUUACAGACUUCGCUAAUCCAGAAAUAGUACCUCGGGUUAAGAACUUUGCUUCAGGAUGAGAACAGAAAUCGCACAGCAGCAGCGCAGCGGCAGCAGGAGGCCCCAUUAGCUAAAGUGGUGCUUCAGGUUAAGAACAGUUUCCGGUUAAGAACGAAUCUCCAGAACGAAUUAAGUUCUUAACCCGAGGUACCACUGUAUAAGACACCCCCAUUUACGACAUGACCCCUAUUUUUUUUGAACCCCAAAUAAAUCAAUAUUUUAAACAUCAAACAGAACCACUUUGAGCCCCUGUGCAUUCACCAUCUGUGUAUGACUCCCAAUUUUAGACUACCACACGGAAAAAUACGGUACAUGAGACUUGUUCGAAUUUUUUUCUUCUUCUUCAAAUAAUCUUUAUUAGUUUUUCAAUUAGAUACACCACAUACACAUAUUGUAUUACAUUUUACAUUUAUACUUGCUCUUCAGAGCUGACUUUCCUCCUUCCUUCUUCUGGUUUUUUAUAUCACAUAUAAUUUUAUCGCAUUAUUUUCUUCCAUUUUAUAUAUUGUUAUUCAUUUUCCAUAUUUGUCCAUAGUGCGAAUUUUGUAUUUUCAUUAGUGAUCUGGUUCAAAUUCCAACCUUAGUCGAUUUGAAUUUUUCUAUGAAAUUGCCCAUGCUACACAUUGCUGAUGUGGAAGUUACUCAGAAAUCCUUUCCAUUUUUGAUUUCUAAGCAUGACAUGUAAAAAUAAUUUCUUGCUGAAAUGCAGAAUGCUUAACGAAAAGCACUGUGCGCGCUCGCAUGCAUGCACAUUUUUGUAUGCAUGUGCAAGAGAGACAUUUCUCUUUAAGUUGUAGCGUCAAACAGCAGAGGGCACUGCGGGAUUAAUAAAACCCAUUCUGAGCUUCUGUUUCUCUCCCCCACCCCUUGCUUCAUGUGAAGCCAUGUUGAAUGAGCAAAUGUCUCUAGACUGGUCUGCGAGUUUUAAAUGUCUCCUUUACAGGAAAUCCACUGUGUAGCACUGCAGGGUUGUCCAAACAACUGCACAAUGUCCACUUCUGUGCAUAUGUUUAACUUUGCUCACAUCGCUGAACAAUGUCUGUUUUCUUUGCAUAAUAGAUCACUUUAGUCACGUGCACCUAGUAUUAUGAAAGGAGCAAAUGAUAUUUGCCAUAAAGGGUGUCUCUGUGUGUGAUUAAUCAUCCUGUGGAUUUGUCAUGGCUUAAAACGAGCGGCUUUUGGACAAACUGGAUCUUGAAUGUAUAAGUGGGACUUUGUAUAAACUUAAUUGUCUUAACAAGAUGUUACUGUAUGGGUUUUAGUGCUGGGUCGAGAUUAGUUUCUACUUGCUUACUGUUAAAUGCACCACUUUUUCAAAUUUUAAAAAGCCCACUAUUUACAUUUUACAGUUUUUUCAAAACUUGGAAUGUGUGCUUGCUUGUAUUUGAGAGCAUUUUUUUGUUUUUUAUCAGCCGCUGGCCUUUUUUUAUUGCAGACUAGCCAUUACGUUCGCUUUUCUGGGCAAUAGGCCCUUGUUCUACAGCACAAUAAGAGUUUCUGCCCUGUAAAUUGAUUGAGCAGAACUGGCUGAUCUUAAGCCUUUCUGUAGUUAAGCCCGAUUGAUGUCUUGCCCAAGUAUUUCUACUGUUUCAGCUGGGACAUAAUGCAGAGGUGAUACUUUUUGCUCAUUAAUAUGUGCCCAGCUGUUAUGUGAUCUGUUCACCAUAAAAAAAAGUAUGUGUGGUUUGGAGGGCCCGUGGAGAGGACAUUUAAACAGAGCAAACGAAAAUGUCAGGGUUAUUCAGGAUGUCCUAGGAGCCCACAGAAGAUGGAGGAGUUCCCCUUCCCUGCUCUGCGGGAUCUCAAAUGCACACAUGGAGCUUCCUUGGUCAUUUUGUUUCGGAAGCGCUGUACACAGAACAGGGCUAUUCCAGUCCUCACAGUGAAUGGAACCAUCUAUAUUCAUGUGGAAGCUGGGAAGGGAAGUCUUGGAAGAUCUGUCCUUUAUAAUUAGUCUGUGGGCCUAAGUAGACGAGACAUAAAAUGCCUAAUCAGGAGACCACUGCAUUUUCUCUUACAAAUGAACAAGAUGCAGGUGGGGAAACCCACAGGCAGGGCUCAAGCACAGGAGCGCUGCCCCCCCUAGAAUUGUAGAGUUGGAAGGCACCCAGAGGACCAUCUCUAGUCCAAUGCAGGGAUAUGCAGCUGUCCCAUACGGGGAUUGAACCUGCAACCUUAUCGGCACCCUGGUCUAAUCAAAUGAGCUAUAUAGGUGGGGCUAAAGAGAUGGAAUCCAUGGUAUAUGCCCCUGAAUACCAAUUGACAGUGGGGGAAGGCUGUUGCUUUUGUGCCCCGGCAAUAGGUUUCCCAGAGGCCUUAAACUGGAGUGGACAUAGUUGCAAACAGAAUGCUGGACCAGACAGACCUUUUGGUGUUUUGUUCUGAUGGGUGCAGUUCAUCUGCUCUAAUAUUAAUUGUGGUUCAGGCUAACCAGGAUUUUCCUUAAUCUGAAACCAUGUCUGAAGGACAAUGUCCCUUAUGAAAACCUAGAUAAUGAUAAUAAUAAUAAUAAUAAUAAUAAUAAUAAUAAUAAUAAUUUAUUUAUACCCCACCCUCCCCAGCCAAGACCAGGCUCAGGGCAGCUAACACCAGGUAUAAAACAAUUGAUUGAAAUACAACUUAAGAACAAGAUUAAAAUACAAUAUUAAAAUGCAGCCUCAUUUCAGUAGGAACUCAAAUCAAACACUUUUUUGGGGGGGGAGGUGAAAAUGUCAAGUCUUCACCAAGGCCAACUAUCCAGACUGGUCCUACGUGGACCAGAAAAAAGCUAGGGAAGUCCCCAAAUAGGAGUUCCAUCACAGAAGGAGAAAGGAAAAAGGAAAGAGGGAGAGGGGAUCAAGUUGAUUCCAAGCCAAAGGCCAGGUGGAAUAACUCUGUUAAGCAUGAUGGUGGCUAAACAGCAAGGAAGGGAGAACUUGUUCCCAGCGGGCAAGGGUUGCAGUAAAAGAACCCACGUUCACAAGGCAGGCUCCCAGUUUGCAAACUCGCCAAGUACAGGCAGAACUGCAAAAGGUCACAUAGUGGAGCACUGAAAGAUAUAUGCAGAAUAUAUAUGCAUGUACAGUUGUACCUUGGUUUUUGAACGGCUUAGUUCUCGAAUAUUUUGGCUCCCGAACACCACAAGCCCUGAAGUGACUGUUCCGGUUUGCCAACUAUUUUGGGAAGUGGAACGUCCAACAGGGCUUCCGUGGCUUCCAAUUAGCUGUAAGAACCUUCCUGCAGCCAAUCGGAAGCCGUGCUUUGGUUUCCGAAUGUUUUGGAAGUUGGAUGGACUUCCGGAAUGGAUUCCGUUUGACUUCCAAGGUAUAUUGUGAUGGGGGAAAUAUGGAAAACAGGUUCUUUCAAAACCCGGCUGAACAAUCAGCCCAACCGCUCUCUGAAAUCUCUUUGAUAAGAAAGGGAGCUCUGAAUCCCUGAGUCAUAAAGCUAUCUUGGUGCGUUAAAUGCCGAAGAAAAUAAAUUGGGCAUGACACACAGAUUUAGAGGAUGGGGGCGAGGAAUGUAUGUUCCCAGUGGAAGCAUAAGGAUCUGUCUCAUACAUUUCACAGAAACAUGGCUCCACCUUCUGGGGAGGCUGCCUUGGGCUGUUAGAAGAUUUCCGAGAAAACAUCAAACCUGGCAUAAACAUUGGCACAUUUCUUCUUCUUUCUUCAAAAUGUAAAAAUAAAUGCUUUUUUUGGGGGGGGCAGAGGUUACUGAGAAAUGUAGGGAACUGGAAGUGUGAGUCACCCCCAUUUCCUGUUCCUGUAUUUCUUAAGUACUCAAGAGCAACUUGAGGCCCUUUUGCACAUUAGGUAAAGGUAAAGGGACCCCUGGCCAUUAGGUCCAGUUGUGGCCGACUCUGGGGUUGCAGCAGUCAUCUUGCUUUAUUGGCCGAGGGAGCCGGCGUACAGCUUCCGGGCCAUGUGGCCAGCAUGACUAAGCCGCUUCUGGCGAACCAGAGCAGUGCACAGAAACGCCGUUUACCUUCCUGCCAGAGCGGUACCUAUUUAUCUACUUGCACUUUGACGUGCUUUCGAACUGCUAGGUGGGCAGGAGCAGGGACCGAGCAACGGGAGCUCACCCCGUCGCGGGGAUUCGAACCGCUGACCUUCUGAUCGGCAAGCCCUAGGCUCUGUGGUUUAACCCACAGCGCCACCCGCGUCCCCCUUUUGCACAUUACACGGCUGUUAAUCCAGGGUUUGCUAUCAAGCGCGCACUUGAAAGAGAACUACAGCUUUUCCUCGUGGUACAAGUUUUGUUUGAAACAUGGGCCAUUCAGCUCUGAUGCAUUUGUCUUGGUUGGUGUAGAGAACAGGAAUCCCUGCAGGUAUAUGGCAUGAAAGGGUUCCCCAAACUUGGGUCUCCGGUUGAUUUUGAACUACAGUUCCCAUCAUCCCUGACCACUGGUCCUGUUCGCUUGGAAUGAUGGGAGUUGUAGUUCAAAAACAGCCAGAGACCCAAGUUUGGGAAAUGCUGAUUUAUGGGAUCAGCUUGCUUGCCUUUUCUAAUUUUAUGCCUUGAGAGUAACUAGGGUGGUUACUAAAGUACAUUGGAGACUAAAAUACAUUUGGAACUAAAAUACAUUUUGAGAUUGUAAUCUGAUUUCAUUUUUAUGAUGAGGUAAGUUGUUUUUUAACUGAAGUCGGAAGCAUGUAAUCCCUCAUUACAUUAUAAUAUGAGAGUAAAUGUCCUUCAAAAUUAUUUAGCAUGAAUGUUGUGUUCUGUGUACUCACCCUUAUGCAUGACAAGGUUGGUGAUAAUGGAAUACUUUUGAUGGUAUUGAAAGUAUAUAAAUAUUUUUACUGAAUGAGGUGUAGUUGUGUUUUUAAGGUUAAUUUUUUAUCCUGAUUUAUUUUAACCUAGUUGCAACGUAUUGCAAACUUCGAUUUGAGAAGCAGGUGUGAUUCUGUUGCCUCCCAACCCUUUACUUUCAUAUAAACCGGUUAUGCUUUCCUAAAGUGAUGGUGGUCUUGCAUGUUUUAAUACAUUGUAUGCAAAAUGUCACUAACUGAAAGGGUUUGACAUACCUGCUGUUAGAGAGGGAAUAUGCGGUACGUCCAGCAAGGUUUUCAGGUGCUGGUUUUAAGCCGUGCUGAGCUAAAAACACAUUGAAAGUGGUAAAUUGGUUUUUAAGAAGACUCAGUAAGGCGCUGGACCAACUGCUAAAUUCACCCGCAGGUUUGGUCAAGCCCCGUAUCAUUCCUAGCCCUUUCAGCAAUGAACAGAGCUGCUACAAAUACAGGAAAAUUGUGCUUCUAUCUGUAAACAUAAUGCCUUGUUUUACUGCACUGUGCAGAUAUUGCUUCUUACAAGGAUGCGGGUGCAGCUGCUUCCAUGAGAAGGAAGCCCCCCCAUCCCCACCACUGCCCCUCUUCUGGCCAUGGGAGUGGCAUAGCUGUCAACGUUUCCCUUUUUUAAAGGGAAAUUCCCUUAUUCCGAAUAGGAUUCCUUGGAAGAAAAGGGAAAAGUUGACAGCUAUGGGGAGUGGAGCAGGCUAGGGAUGGACAUGGGCCUAGCCAAGGGGUUGGGGUUGGGGGGUAGCUGCCCCCCCAAAUCAAGAAAAAUCAAUACAAAUCAAUACAAAUUGGAGGUUUGCCCCCCUAACAAAAGCCUGACGCCCCCUAACAAAAAUCCUGGUUACACCCAUGCUCCCACCAGUUUUUACCCCCUCCUUCCCCUGUACAGCCACUACAGUAUAGUGUAAAUUUAACUUUUAUGCACACUGGGAAACCAACAAAAUUUGUGUGACUCGCUUUAUUUCGGUGAUGUGGAACCAAACCCCUCAAAAUCUCCAACGUAUGUCUGUAUUAUAACGGCAUUUGUUUAUAAUGUGCUCCAUUGAAUUCUUCUCGGCCAUUAUUUCAUUACUGAAAUCUGAUUAUUUAGGAGGCCAUAUAACAAAUUCUUACAUGUAAAUUAAUUUUCAGUUAAAUCAGUUGGACAGAUGAGAAUCAUCAUCUCAUCAUUUUAUUAUUUAUACCCCGCCCAUCUGGAUACUCACACAGAAAUAAUUUUACUAGAUCGACUGCCCGGUAUUUAAUGUAAGCCAUUUAUGACAUACCAGUAGCCUGAAAGGGGCAAAAAACUCCCAACAAGCCAGCCAACUCUCUUUGGUUGUAAAUAAGCUAUUGAUUAUUUGCACUCCCAAGUAAUCAAAAGUGAAUUUAGAAAUAAGGCAAACUGUUUUGUGUCACCGAAUAGAAAGAUGGUUAAGAAAGAAACAAAACUCUGCUUGGAUAUAUUUUGUAUGGACAAAUUGGAACAGUUUUACAGUUCUGCUUUUCUUGGAUGAAAUGCAACACAGUAACACUGAAACAAAAAACAAAAAGGGAGGAAAAUAUGUCAUAAUGUUGUACGUACAUUUUUCAUUCACACCUCCGGUCAAUCACACUUUUCAGGUUUUCGCACUGCACUAAAAACCUGCAAAAGCUUUCUGACCAGAGACAGUGCAAGUCUGCCUCUAUUGCCCCACUUCAAACUCACAGAAAUACUAUCUGUCCUCAAUCUCAGCAAUGAAGGUUGAUUUUGGCAUCUCCUUUUGUAUAUUUGGGUUCUCUCUGUUUGGCCGCUGGUUGCUGUGUGAACUGCUCCCAGUGAGUCUUCCCCUUUGGCGCUUACUUUCAAUGUAGCGUUAGAAAACAGACUGUGUUUUCAUUCUUUCGAUUUGAAAUAAGAAUAGCAGAGCAUGUCAAACCCUUACUUUUUCAACAUUCUAAUUUUGCAUAUAUAACUCUUUAUGAUUUUGUUGCAUUCACUAGGUUUGCUGGGAUGGGUAAUCUUCUUAAAGUCCUUACCAGGGAAAUUGAAAACUACCCACAUUUUUUCCUGGAUUUUGAAAGUAAGUUCAAGAUUGGAACAUCCUUUCCCCCUGACUUAGGAACUGGUUGAGAAGGAAUGUUUAAGCUUGAUUUGCUUUGACAGAUAAACAGGUUCAAGCAGUGCAAAUGAUCUGACUCGAUGCUUUCAAGAUUUGUUCUCUGAGCCACUUUCCUGUUCCUUUUUUCUCUAUUUUUCAGGAACCAAAUGGGAAAUCUUUUAAAAGUUCUCACUUGCACAGACUUUGAUCAAGGGCCAAAUUUUUUCCUUGACUUUGAAAGUGAGCAAAACUCCUUGCCUGGCUUGCAUUCUUUUCUCCUUCUUAUAUAUAAAAUCCUAAUCAAUUGCAUGUAUUAAUCUGCCAUACAACUAGUACAGUGUAUGGCACUUAUACUUUUCCUGAUUCAUUCUGAAAAUCAGAUGCUCGGUUCAACCAAAACACCAACAAUAUAUUUUUUUGCAAAUGUUAGCAUUGCUCGGCUAAAAGAACUGCCAUGCAUUCUGUCAAACAGCCUCUGUCAAACAACCUUCAUUUUAGAAGGUAUUCUUAUUUUUAUUGACAAAGAACAGGGCCCGUUGAGAGAGGUUUUAGUGAAUCUUAGCAUGGCACUGUUCAGACGUAAAUUUCUUCCUUGAGUUAUACUUACGGAGAGUGCAGUGAGCCUCAAGGUUGCAUGCUUUGUACAAAUUGGUCAUUAUAAGUGGCUUGUGCUGUAUUCAAAGAAACUUGCAAGCAAUCCCCCCCCCUUGCCCUUUACACUUUAUUAAAAUGUGUAGGAGCAUAGCACUGUGAAACUCUUAAAAUCCCGCUGGGCAGAAAAGUGUCUCAGUAUUGCAUAUGGGAGUAAACACCUCUUUUCCCCUAUACAGUGGUACCUUGGCUCUCAAACUUAAUCCGUUCCAGAAGUCGGUUCCAAAACCAAAGCGUUCCAAAACCAAGGUGUGCUUUCCCAUAGAAAGUAAUGCAAAAUGGAUUAAUCCGUUCCAGACUUUUAAAAACAACCCCUAAAACAGCAAUUGAACAUGAAUUUUACUAUCUAACGAGACCAUUGAUCCAUGAAAUGAAAGCAAUAAAGAAUGUACUGCAGUCACACAAUCAAUCAACCAGUAGCUGAACUGCGUUCCACACAGUCACACACACAAAAAAGAGCCGCGAAAAUGAAAAGCAAAAUAAAUAGCAAAAACAGACAGACCUCAGUGUAACACUCAGUACGGAAGUGUGGCACUCAAAUAGGAAGCAUAACACUCAAAACAGAGCACGUUCGGCUUCCGAAAAAACGUUCGCAAACCAGAACACUUCUGGGUUUGCAGUGUUUGGAUUCCAAAUUGUUUGAGUACCAAGGCAUUUGAGAACCAAGGUACCACUGUUUGUUUCCAAAGAGCACUAGCAAAUUUAAAGUUUUCUGAGAUGUACCCAUUGACCCUUCAACACUUUCUGAAGGACUUAAAACAUUUUGAAUAUAUCUGUAUUCUAAAGGAAAGCACUAAUUCAUAGUGAAUACGACACUUUUCUUGCCUUUGUUCCGUGUGGAAUUGCCUUUGUUCACUGUUGAAUUAAUGUGAUUACCUCCAUUAAUUGCAGAAACAAAAUAUGGCAAUUGAAGUAAACGCUCGAUUGCAUUCCCCUUAGCCUUGGAUCUAUCAUCUGGUGAAAUGUAAUCUACUUCACACAUUAAUUUUCUAACCACAUCUUACAGCUAAUAUAAUCCUUCUGCUUACAGGCUAAAUGCAUGUCGUCUGAGCGUUUCUUUGAAAAGUGAUCAGAAAAUGCAUUAAAACUCCCUUCAUCCACUAAAGAUACAUUUUUGCUCUGCUUGCUUCAUAAUAGCACUUUAAACACGGACAAGACAGGUGUAUGUUGUUGUUCGGCACAGCUUGCUGUGUUUCAUAACUAAUACACCAUGGGGAAAACGUUCCGAAAGCCACUGUGUCAAUUUCAACCCAGUCCCCCUACUUCCUUUUAUAAGUCUUUCUUAAUAUCUGUAUUUUCUCAAAGCUACCUGAUAAUUAUGCAUAAGAAUACCUGCACUAGAUUCCAGGUAUUUAGCUCAACAUUCAGGGCCUUUCUGUGUCAGCCAGGUUUGUUGCUGAAUGUCUUAACUUCAUUGCAAAAAAAAAAAAGUGGGGUAGCUGUCAAGAAAUUGGAAGAGGUAGAAUCGUAGAAUUGUAAAAUUGGAAGGGACCUGAGGAUCAUCUGGCCCAACCCCUUGCAGUGCAGGAACAUGCAGCUGACCCAUAUGGGAAUCGAACCUGCAACCAGAAUUGCAGGCAAGAAAAAUGGCCCAGUAAGCAAAAACUGCAUUUCCCUGAAGUUCAUGGACAACAUGCAUCAAGAGGGAGUCAUUAUGGAAAUAGGCAUUUCCUGAUGUUGCGCAAUCUAUGCCACAUUCUAGAAUGAUUUUGUGUUUGAAAGGUGCGUGAGAGACUCUGGUUGCGUCGCUCAAGAGCACAACCCUUUUUCUGCACAUUGUUGAAGAGCAGCAUUUCACAAACCGACAAACUGGUCCUGCCCCACAGCAUAAUUUUGUGACUAGCGGGCCCCAGUAACUUUCAUCGCUUUCAAGUGGGCCCUGGAGGUAGAAGGCUUGAGAAGUUCUGGUGAAGAGCAUUUCACAAGGGACCGUACCUGCAGACACACCGCUAUUGGCAGCAGAACUGUGAAAUGUUGCAUAUUAGCAUUUAUGUUGAGGGGCACCGUUCAAGUUGAUAAGAAAAUGGCAGGGUCCACAAAGGUGGCUGGGAGGUGAGGCAAAAGCAUAACCUCAGAAUGAGUUAAUAGAAUACUUCUGGUUGAAGGACUCUCCUCUCCCCAAAAAAUACCCCACAACCAUUGCUCCAAAGAGUCAGUAGGGAGAGAUGAGGAGGAACUGGAGAGUUGCGUAAGUUUUGCAUCCCUGGAAACAAGUUGUAGAAUGACUUCCAAGCUUGCAAGGCCUUGUAUGGUGGAGUCCUCUCAAAGCAGGAUCCCAUUACAGAAUGCGCAUGAGAAUAAUAGAAUUGUAGAGUUGCAAGGGAAGAACACGAGGUCCAUCUUGCCCAACCCCACCCCCUCAAUACAGGAAUCUCAACACAUCCAGUUCGAAACCAUUCCACAUCCUGCUUAGCUUUGCAAAUGUGCCCGCAGUUUUUAUUGCCGCACCACUAGAAUGAAGGGGAUUUUUUUUGAAAGCACCCUUCACACCAGAAACUCCUCCCCCAUGGGGGGAAAAAUCACAUAGGCAGUACUGAAUGUAUAGCCUUGAGAGUUCAGACAUUAGUCGUUCUGGGAUUACUGUGCACUAAAGCUUUGCAUUAAUUCAAUAGUAUUAAAGGCCUGUCAAACUUGAUGCAUCAGAAGAGGGUUGCUGAAUCUCCCACCAAUCAAAGGAAGUGGAGCACCAUAGUUCCUCCCACAAGGCGUUUUUCUCUCUAAUGGCUGGCCCACUUGUCAGGAGCAGUGGUCAGGUUUUUCUCCCGCAGCAGCAAUUCCCAAGCGCCGCACUCAAACUUUUCCUGCAGGGAUGAGCGGCAGCUAUAUGAUUUUGUACGUGGGGGAGAGUGAAGGGAUCCACUUUUGGACAGUGUUCAGGGGGAAGCUAAGCACACUCCCCAGUCCCUGGUGAUCCCAGCCAUUGAGGUUCAAGCAGUGCCCUUCUGCAUAAGUCAGCUGUGGCUUCUGUUUCUUGGCCACCUUCUCCACCCAAACAGAUGACUCACUGAGUAGCUUGACCAUUUCUCUCAUCGUGGCAAAUAUCAGGGAGGAUUUUACACACAUCACAUGUGAAUGUGUGGCAAGCAGAGGCUGUGCAUCUGAGCACUGGCUGCAUAUUUAAAAUAGAUUUAAGAAACCGCAUCAUUUUGCCAGCCAAAUCCUGAUAUCCAGGGUUGCUAACCUUAGCUCAGUUCAAAACCUUAGCUCAGUUUGGGUGCUGCAGGCCUGUGUUUCCCUGCCCUCCCCCCACCUUUUCUUUGCACCUGCAGUGAAUUUCACCACAAUGCAUCUUUUUAAAACUAAGGAUCUCUCUAGGCUUUCUUUCUUUCUUUUUUUUUAAGGCCUUGUACCUGCCUAAAUUAAUAACCAGUGAGCUGAAUUUUGAACACUUCGGGCCAUUUACAGCAGGCAUUUUUCUCAUAAAAUGUGUCCUGCUAGAUUUUACGGCUGCACUAGAAGCCUUUUAUUUGAUGUGUAUGAAGCAAGAGGAAAAUCGUAUGCAAGAGAAGCCCUUCUAGCCUACAAUGUUAACAGGCCCUCUAAUUCCUGAUUUAGAGAACCCAGAGUGUAACAGAAUGAUGGAUGUUGUCAGGGAGUGCAUGCUCAAAAACGCCUGAUGUGGUCCCUGCUUUCAGAGGACAACAAUGCCGAUCUACUAAUCUCCUGUUUAAAACGGAAGGGGGUACCCAGACUGAGCAUAGUGUGCACACACCCUCAAAACACCUGAUGCACACACACAUGCACACACAGAGGAAAGGUGGCUGUCUUUUGUACAGCUGGUGGAACCAGCCAACAUACUGAAACCCCCCAAACUUUGGUUUCCUUUCAUAAUAGGUGAUAAUAUUCCACCCUUCCUCUCCUCAUACAACUUGCAGUUUCUAAGAAUAGUCCCACUUUUGUCCAGUUCUGUUUAGCUUCAACAGAAUGUUGCCCACAGAUCUCCUCAGUUAUUUGUUCUACUGACUUCUAAUAAUAUGGUAGGCCUUCCUGUAGAGACUUAAAAAGUCAAUGCAGCAUUACACAGCAGCACGCUCAGGACUUUGACCUCUUCCUAUACCUCUCUGGACCAUGCAUCUCUUGCUCAAAAUAAAUAUGUCUUGGAACAAUUUAAUAAUCAUAAUCAUAAUACAAAUAAUAUUAUUAUUUAUACCCCGCCCAUCUGGCUGGGUUUUCCCAGCCACUCUGGGUGGCUUACAGCACAUUAAAAAAUGUAAAAUAUUAGACAUAAAAAAUUUCCAGAUACAGGGUUGCCUUCAGAUGUCUUCUAAAAGUCAGAUAGUUGUUGAUUUCCUUGACAUCUGAUGGGAGGGUGUUCCACAGGGUGGGCACCGCUACUGAGAAGGCCCCUCUGCCUGGUUCCUUGUAACCUCACUUCUCACAGUGAGAGAACUGCCAGAAGGCCCUCGGAGCUGGACCUUUGACGGCCACUCCCAGUCACCAGUCUAGCUGCUGCAUUCUGGAUUAGUUGUAGUUUCUGAGUCACCUUCAAAGGUAGCCCCACGUAGAGCGCAUUGCAGUAGUCCAAUGGCUGGUAGGAUAACCAGGACAGCAUCAGGGAUUGGCAUUGCCAGAUAACCUCCUGAGACAUCUAUUCCAGUUGGCCCCAUGCUCCGCUGCCAGUCCCUGGAACUUCCUGGCCCUUCAGGUCAUAUCAUAGAAUUGUAGAGUUGGAAGGGACCCUGUGGAUCAUCUAGUCCAACCCCCUGCAAUGCAGGAACAUGCAGCUGUCCCUUGUGGGAAUUGAACCUGCAACCCUGGCGUUAUCAGCACCACGCUCUAACCAGCUGAGCUAUCCAGCAGGACUUCCCGCUUUACUUUUUCUACCAGUUCACCUUCCCCCUUGAAGUAAGCGAUCAGUAAGAGGAGUCAGGAGGAGCAACGUAUACAUACCUUUUUGUCUUCUUCUGGGGAGAGAUGGAUUAGGCCAGGCAUAGGCAAACUCGGCCCUCCAGAUGUUUUGGGACAACAACUCCCAUCAUCCCUAGCUAACAGGACCAGUUGUCAGGAAUGAUGGGACUUGUAGUCCCAAAAUAUUUGGAGGGCCGAGUUUGCCUAUGCCUGGAUUAGGCCCAGAGUGAAAGGCAAACAAAUAGGAAAUAGUGGGGGGGGGGGGGGAGGACCUGGGCCCAUGCAGGGAGAGGGAGCCCCUCUUAUCCAAACCCAAGUGAACGAUGCUCCAACAAACUUCUGAAGUGCGUCAGCAUCAGUUACAGUGAGUGUCAUUUCAAAGGCUUUGAAACACGCUGUCAUUUCUUCCAUCACUGGCUUGGGUAAGAUAGACUGCAGCAGGUUGAAGAUAACUGGACUAGACCGACUUAAAGUGAUUUCAAUAUUAUUCACUGAGAGGCUAGAACACGACCGCCUGAAUCCAUGAAUAUUUGUGGAAUCGUUGGAACGGAUCUGGGUCUAACAUCUCCCUGAAGAAAGGCAGGGCAGAAUGUGUGUGCUUUUGUUAAGUUGGACACUUGUGAACAGGGUUUUGAAGAGGACCCAAGCAAAAGUGGCUGUAACGUUUCACUGAAAUGAUGAGUCCAUCGGCAGGUCAAAGACAGAGGGGGUUGAGUGUCCCUAGCAACGGUCCAUCUUCUGCGAUAACUUUUCCUAGUGAUUCACAUAUAAGUCUAAGAUAGGCCAAGGGGGAAGAAACACAGAAUUAUGGUGUGUUUUAAAACUGGAAAAGAGGGGGAAAGAGUCAUGAUCAUUCAUGGGUUUUAAUAUAGCAGGUGAGGAUGAAAACAGCUUUUCAUUCUGCUAAGCUAUGCUUCUGCACAGAGGACUAACUCUUUUAUGGAUUGCUGUCCUCAUUUUUUUCUUACUCAGAAAUUCCAACUGGGAAGGAUUGCAGCAAGAUUAUUUUUUCCACAGGUUUUUUAAAAAAUGUAUCCAACUCAUCUUGUCUCAGUGGAGUCCAUGAUACGUUUUGACAUGGAAUUUGCUGAAGUCAAUAUAGUUGGUUUGGGGGUCUGUUGUUUUAUUUUAAUGUAAGUACAUUUUGCAUGAGGCAUUUUUGAUGGGGGGUGGGGAGCAGCAGUUUUAAUCCUAGUUACAUUGGAGCUAAAUACUAAAGCAUAGAUAUGGAAAUCAAUGAAGCACCGCCUGAAUUGUCUGCAACAUAAUAAAAUAUGGAUCAAAGGGCUGUUGUACUGCAAACCGCAGGAGUGUGUAUGCUAGCUCUAUUUGCCACCAACAUUUCUUAAAAUAAUAUUUGCUUUUUAUCUCACCUAGAUGCUCAGCCUACAGAUGGAGAGAGGGAAGUAUGGAACCAAGUCAAUGCUGUCUUACAAGAUUCGGAGAGCAUGCUUUCAGACCUGCAGUCCUACAAAGGAGCGGGACAGGAAAUUAGAGAUGUGCGUUAAACCAUACUAUGGCACCCCCACCCAAAAAAAAAACCGAGGAAGGAAAAAUUAAACACUAGUCUGGAAUAUUUCUUUUCCUACCCAAGCAAAUACAGUCAUACCUCUUGUUACGUUUGUUUCAUGAUAUGUUUUUUCAGGUUGUGUCCCGCAGUGACCUGGAAGUACAGGAAAGUGUUACUUCCGGGUUUCGCCACUUGUUCAUGCGCAGACGCGCAAAAUGACGUCUUGCACAUGUGCAAAAACGGCGAAUUGCGACCCAUGUGUGCGCAGACGUGGGUUGCGUUCCUUUCAGGUUGCAAACAGAGCUCCUGAAUGGUUCCCGUUCGCAACCAGAGGUACCACUGUACAUACAAUAUUUCUUUUUUUUAAUAAAAAAAUGGUCAUAAUUAUGUGAAAUUAAAACUAAAAAUGACAAGAAUUUUCCUGUCUACUGAACAAAUCUCUUCUGGAGACAAACGGUUAUCGAUGCAAUCAGGCUACUGAACGAAGUCAAGAACCUCAUUGAAAUUUAGGAUUCCAAAUUAAAAACAGAUUUUCUAGAUGUGCUUGUGCACGCAUAUAUCUGCACACAGAACACACGAUUAUGUGUAUCUCCGCAUGCAUGUGGUGUGGAUUAUGUUUACCCCUGCAUGCGGGCGAGACAAGAUUGCAAAGAGCUUUUGCGAAGGCUGUUAUUUAUUAAUGACCCCGAAGAUGAAUGAUGGAGUCUGAGGACUACACGUUGGCUGAAAGCUUUCCAGUGCUAAAUGGUGCGACGUCAAAGAUGGACUUAAAAGCGGCUUGGCUUUUGGUCUGUGUGUGGCGUUUACAAAACCUCUUGAAUGGUUUUGUUCUUAAUUUAUACGACGCCAUCCGUGCAUGAAGUGUUAUGGAGUAACAUGUGCAGAAAAUAAACCUCUAAGUAGGUUCCUGCCCCAGCGAGCUUGCAAGCUUCUUUGGGGGCAGUAGACCCAAUCGAGGUGAGGGGAAGGAAGGAGAAAUGGGGCUGAAUCAGAUGAAAUGGUUGGAAUAUCUUACAGGAACAUAGGAAGCUGUUGGGUGAUUGAUCCAUCUUGACUAUACUAACUAACAAUGGUUCUCAAGAAUUUCAGGCAGGGGACAUUCCCAGCCCUACCUGGUAAUGUCAGGAAUCAAGCAUGCAACACUGAUGCUCUUCCACAGAACUAUGUCCCUUCCUCUAACUUAGUUGUUGACAUCCGUCUGUCUCGAGAGAAUAAGAAUGCACCUCUGGGGUUGAAGUCAAACCCCGAAGGGACCUCCCUGGAGCACGGGGGACCUGUGCUUCCCAGAUUGACAAGACCCCCCUCUUGGCCUGAUGUGGUCCAAAGGAAAGCAGAGCAAUACGUUUGGCACCAUCUUGGCUGCAGGAGUUGCCGGAAUGAGACGUACAAGGCACCAUCCAGCUGUCUUAGGGACUCGUCUCUGGAUUUGUGUAGGGUUCACUCCUUAGCCUUUCCUUCUUGCAAAGAUAUCAUGCGAGACAGCAGAUCCGAGUUUUCCUUCUGCUAGAUGGGCUACCUCCCGAGGUUGACAAGCCCCACCUGCCCCUAACUUUCCGCUCUUGUUAUACAAGCAUCAUUUUGAGAUAUUUUAUAUUUAAAUAUAGAGGCAAGCAGCAAGUCCUCUUUUUUGUUCUUUGCCAGCCACCUGAUGUUGAUCAAGGUAUCGUUGUUUUCCAGGCAAUACAAAACCCCAAUGAUAUCCAACUUCAGGAGAGAGCCUGGAACUCAGUGUGUCCUUUGGUUGUGAGGUUGAAGCGGUUCUAUGAGUUUUCUCUCCGGCUAGGUGAGGAUCUGCCUAUUGUUUCCAAAGAAUUUGUUCACCUCUGAUGUUUUGGGUGCAGCCUUUCCCAACAUGCUGCCCCCAGCCAGGAUGGCCGGUGGUUAAGGAUUAUGGGAGCUGUAGUCCCAGCAACAUCUCUGGAGGGACCACAGGUCAGGAAACCUGGUUUAGUGUGUUGCUGAACAACCCUCUGCUCUGCUGUUUCGAUGGUGGUAUUUGGUUCCCUCCGCCCUUUGGUGUAUGUCUUGCACUUAGAACGAAGCAAUUGUGCAUUCCCCUGCCCUUCAUUUAAAGCAAUGUUUCCCAAACUUUGGUCUCCAGCUGCUUUUGGACUACAAUUCCCAUCAUCCUUAGCUAACAGGACCAGGAGUCGGGGAUCAUGGAUAUUGUAGUCCAAAAACAAGUUUGGGAAACUCUGACCUUAGAGGCUUAUUUUUAACCUUAAAAACCCCUUUGAUAUUGUUUGUAAUGGAGCUGUAUUGCCAGACGUCCGUAGGCAAGAGACUGAUACCUCUCAAUCAUCAUUUGGUGAAGAAAAAGCAAUUAAAGAUGCCCAUUCCACUAACAAUAUCAUACCUUAAAAAAAAAAAAUAUUCAUUACGUCUCCAUAUUGUAGAGUUGGAAGGGACCCCCGAGGGACAUCUAGCCUAACCCCCUUCUGUGCCCACCAUGGGGCUCGAACCCACAACCCUGAGAUUCAGAGUAUUGUGCUCUGCCAACUGAGCUAUCCCAGCAAUCCAACUCAAUUAAGAUGAUAGGCUUUCUUCACCCAGAAGUAACUUUUAUUAAGUUUUUCCAUGUGUAAAAGAUAUUUUGCACAUUUACGUAGUUUAGGGAAGGCCAAACAGUUCCGUUUGUAAAAAAUAUUUACCCAUGAGUCUUGUGCUAGUGGAAAAAUAGGUUUGCACGUUUGUUUGAAAUGCUCUCUUUUUAAAGAAAUGCGAGACAUAUAUCUGCAAUUUCACUUGUUUUUGCUUUCCUCCCUUCUUCGUCUUCAGAGAAAGCGCUGCAGAGUUUACUGGAAUCCUUGACCUGCCCUCCCUAUGCACCAACUCAGCACUUAGAGCGAGAGCAAGCCCUAGCAAAGCAGUUUGCAGAGAUCUUGCAUUUCACUCUCCGCUUUGACGAACUCAAGGUAAGGACGAGGGCGGGAUGGUCAGCUAACACAUAAAAUGUUUAAGGGGCUUUUUUGGGUUAAGAGCGCCGGAAGCUUAUUUUUCUUGAUUUUUAAAUUUUAUUUUCCCCUUUUAUUUUCGUACCAAGAUGAGAAACCCCGCAAUACAGAAUGACUUCAGCUAUUAUAGGAGGACGUUGAAUCGCAACAGAAUAAACAAUAUGCACGUAAGUGAAACGUCGUCAUUGCUGUUGUUAAUUCAGUUUUUAUACCGCCCUUUAUUCAAAGAUCCCAGUACAUAAUUUACGGAGCAUAGUAAUAAAAAGCACUGCACAAAAGCAUAAUAAUAAAAUAAUCAUAAUAAUAAUAGUCCCCACCCCACCCCACAUUCAGCAGGCCAUAGAUUAUUUAAUGGCCAAAAACCUGGUUUCCAUUUGGGGCUGCUGCUUCACUAGAAGACAAUCUGGCAAUGUGGGAAGCUGGUUUAUACUAAAUACAGUCCACCUACCUCAGUUUUUCUGCACCACCAGGUGCAUGAGUGGCCCACCAGGGUUUCAAUAGGAGUCUUUCUCUGUUCUGUCUGGAGAUAGAAGGGAUGAUGAUGAUGUAUUUUACUUUGCAAUGCCAUGUGUUUUCCUGUUCACUUGCUGUAUCUGCAAUCAAGGCAGAUUUCAUUUUUUUGCACAAGAACUUGGUAACAGCACAUCCCUUGUUUCGGGCAACAGGUUGGGCACAUGUGGUUUGCACAUAAGGCGAAGCCACAGUUGGUUGAGGCAAAGUGGUGUCAACCUCUGAACCUAGCCCAGCAGACAAAGCAUGGUUUGUUUGCUUUCUGGCAGCAAGCCACAGUUUGAAGCCAUGGGUUUGUUGUUGACAUGAAACCGUGGCUUGUUUGAACUAUCAUUUGGUGUCACGUCUGAACCCAACAGUCUUGCACGACCCAUGGUUUGUGUGGCCCCUCCAAGCUACAGAGAGGAGAAGAGCUGGAAAACAAACCAAAGCUUUUGAGAAAGAGGCGGUGCCUUGUUUGCUCAUCAAGGAGACAACUCGUGGUUUGUUUACUAAGCUGGGGCUUAGUGUUAUGCGCAAACGCACACAGCAACUUCUUCUUAAAAAAAUCAGUGUUCCCUUGUGUUUUCAUCAGCUCGGCAUUGAGAGCGAAGUGAACAACGAGAUGGCUAACAGAAUGUCCCUGUUUUAUGCAGAAGCUACACCAGUGCUGAAAACACUGAGCAAUGCCACAACACAGUUUGUUGCAGAAGUGAGUGACGAUCUAAUAUUUCUUUCAAAAACCAAAAACCAAUAGCAUAUUACAGAGAAAUAUUGAAUAACUGACCUUUUUUUUUGUUGUUGUUAUUGUUGUUGGUUUGGUUUAACCUCUGCAGAACAAAACCCUACCAAUCGAGAAUACGACAGAUUGUCUAAGUACGAUGGCCAGUGUAUGUAAAGUCAUGCUGGAAACGCCGUAAGUUAGAUAUGAGCAGGGAAAAUAAAUGUCGCUUUGUUUGUUUGUUUGUUUGUUUUAAUAGUUCAAAGAAAUGUAACGAAAGCUUGUAAUUGAAUACUACUUUUAUAACCUUUGGGGAAGCUGGAGACAGGUAGCCAUUAUUUCGGAGAUUAUGAAAAAGACCAUUCCAUGUACUUUUACUCCAUUGUCAUUUCUGGUAAACUGGUUUUGCGUGACUUUAGAAUCAUGUUUGAGCAGAGACUAUGGUGGAACAAAAGAAAUGAGUGUAUCUUUACACGCUGCUGGUAAUGAUGUCUGUUGCAUAUGUGGUAGAGCUAAACCAAAAGCAGCAGCUCCGGGUCAUCAUCUUCUCUCUCCCUUGUAAUAUCUAGGGAUAGUCAUAGUGCCAUGAUGUGUCAUGGUUUAUUUUUUAAAAUACAAAUCCAUCCCGGUUUAGACGAGCUUUUGCACUGUUGGAAAAAGAAGAAGAAAGUCUUUCUUUUCCCAGCUUUCUCUGAGGGCCACAGUGCUCUGGCUUUGUCCUUCUGAUAAAUAUUUAAAGUUGGAGAGGGAAAGAAAAAAGAAAAAAAAGUUACGGCAGGACCAAAAAAAAGAGGGAGGGGUCAAAUAUCUUUAAAACAGGUCACUUUCCACAUGACUUACCCUUUUGGUCAAUUGUGUAUUUUUACAAGCGUUGAUGUUUGAAGAUUGGUCAUUCUGUCAGGGAAACCUAAUGAACCUUGCACUCAUCACCCAGGCUGACAUGGUUACACAUAGACAAUGCAAACAUAUUCAAUCAUCAUCUUUUUCUUAAUUUAUUUUUAAUUGCGCCUUUUGCUGCCUCCUCAGUUGGAAUGUGUGGCAGAAGUAAUUUUUUGGACAGUCCUUUGAUCUUAGGACAGAGGGGUGGGGAGCCUGUGGCCAUCUAGAGGUUGCCGGACUCUUAAUUCCCAUUUGCCGCUUCCAACAUGGCCAGUUGUCAGGAAUCACCAGACGUGGGGAGCACAAGAAAACUCAGAGGGGCACACACAGAUUCCCCCACCUCCGUCUUUGGAGAUUCAGCCAUGCUUUGAAUCUCUUCUUUAAAAGGUCACCUAAGAUGUGGACUUUUUAUUGCAUCCUCGGGCGCCCUUUGUCAUUACCUGUGGAACAACAGAGACAUCAUUAUCAGUUGGGAAAUAAAGGGAAGGCACUGAUUUCUGCUACCCUGUUCCCAGUCCCAAGAAAGCUGGCCAAGUCUGGAGCCUGAUGUUGGCAUCCCCUGAGGCAAUGGGCCUGUCUCCCUUCCAGGCACCUCUAUGCUGGCAGUGGCUGUUUCUGAGAGGCACAGUGAUGGACAAGGUGAUGGAAGCCCACCAUGCAAGCUGAGACCUCUGACUCUGCCAGUUGGACCCAGGGUCCAGCAAUGGAGGAAGUCUCUGUACAGCCACGGGGUGGGGUGCAAGUAUUAGAAUGGAAAGGCCAGACCCCCACCCCCUUCCAACAGCUACCCCUCAUCCCUGCUGGUGGGACAACUGUGCCAGCGUACCAUGGGGUCAGGGGCAGUAGAUGUGUCGAUUUGCCCAUGGUCUGCCCUGUCAGCCGUGUUUAUUGGCAGUUUUCUUUUAACUCUAUUAGAUUGUGUCUCGAGGUUCCUGUGCUGCUUUGAAAGUGAAGGUUUUAAUUUGAAUAGAGGCAGAAUAACAGCGUUUUCUCCCCUUCCGCAGAGAAUACAGAAGUAGGUUCACCAGUGAAGAAACCCUCAUGUUCUGCAUGAGAGUGAUGGUUGGCGUCAUCAUUCUCUAUGACCACGUCCAUCCCGUGGGAGCGUUCUCCAAAGCCUCAAAGAUUGAUGUAAGAAUAAUGAAUGGCAAGGUGUUGCAAUCCCCUGCAAAAGCUUCAUGGGGUGUUCUGAAGGAAGCACUUCAAUUCAUGUUGUCUUCUUCACUAGCGGUUUGAGGCAUCAGUCACAUGAGCCACACUUGUAGCCUUUGGAAAAUGACUUCUUUUGCACGUUUGCUUUUCAGGAUGCAAAUUUAACUUGCAAUGGAGAGCUUGGCACGUGGUCCCGCGCAAAUUUCAGUGUAGCCUGUGACACUGAAUAAAAGCGUAAUACAGUCAUACCUCAUGUUACGUUUGCUUCAUGUUACGUUUUUUCAGGUUGUGUCCCGCGGCGACCCGGAAGUACUGGAAAGAGUUACUUCCGAGUUUUGCCGCUCGCGCAUGCGCACAAGCGCUAAAUUGCGCUUCAUUCAUGCACAAAAGGGCUAAAUUGCGCUGCGCACCUGCACAACCAGAGGUACCAAUGUGGCAUUGAAAUCCAACACACAAACACACAAAUAAUUAAAAACAUCAGCCUUCUUCCACAAAUGACUUCUAUAGAAUACAUGUCUCCACCAAAGGCUCAACUAUACUCCCCACCACCCACAAUUUGCCCCUGAUCCAGAUAGGAUGCUAGUGUAGGGAUAAGGAAGACUAUAAACUUUUUUUUCUGUUUCAAAUUGAGGGUCUCGGGCUUAUGAUUUUCACUUGGGUGGUGGAAACAACCAUUGAAGUAAACAGGGUUUCCCCCCAGUGCAAAUUGCAGGCCCAGGGGGCUGACCAGAAUCAGGACUGCAGUUGAGGGUAGAGGAUUAAAGCUCCACCCACAGCUUCCCCAAGGAAGGUCCUGAUCCAGAUCAGGGAGCCCACACUGACAACUUAGAUAAACCGAAGAGUGACUACACUUCAAGGCAUAGCUACAUAGCUAACGUAAUGUCCAGUUUGUCCAGGUAGUUACUGACAGCCAGCACAGAUCCCUUGGUGCAGGUGUUAACUUGCAGAUGUGAACAUGUUACUCCAGUUUGAAUCCUUGGAAGGGACCGCCAGGGUCAUCUAGCCCAGCAUUUCCCAACCUUGGGCCUCCAGCUGUUUUUGGACUACAACUCCCAUAAUCCUCAGCUAGCAAGACCAGUGGUCAGGGAUGAUGGGAAUUGUAGUUCGAAAACAGCUGGAGGCCCAAGGUUGGGAAACACUGAUCUAGCCCAACCCCUUACAAUGCAGGAAUCUUUUGCCCAGUGUGGGGCCUUCAACUCUGAAAUUAAGAGUCUCGUGCUCUGCCAAUGGAGCCAUCCCACCAGUCUAACUGCUGCGUUCUGCAUCUUCAUCUUCUAAAACAAGCCCUGCAGGCAGCGCACUGCAGUAAUUAAGUCUCACGAUUACCAAUGCAUGAACAAUGGCAAUCAAGUUGUCCCUGUCCUGGAAACUGCUGAAAUGCACUCCUUGAGAAAGACUCUGCCGUCCCAUCAGGCAUACUAAUAGCAAAUUCAUUCUGUGAGCGUGAAUUUUGUUGUAACCCAAACAGUGUCAUUUGCACACAUGAGCAAGGUAUCAGCAGGCUUGGGAGAACUUGAAUGUUCCUCCCCUUCCCAAAUCUCAACGAUGACUGUGUGUACUUAGUGGCUUUGCACAAUACAGUGGCUGGUAAAUCUUGGCUCUGAAGGCAACAAGUUCUGAAGGCACCAGGUUCAGGUUCUAUGCAUAUUAUGGGUAGGACUUUCCCAUCUGUUCUUUCCCAGCAGGGGAGGUGUUGCUGUGACCUAGCACAUUUUUAGGAAACAACAUUCAAGGAAGGUCCACACGUUCUGACCUGUAGAUUAAAAGUGGUCCGUUCAGUUCUCUUACACUUUUUUUGGUAUUUCAUGCAUGCAUCCAAAUAGUAGCCCUUAUUCUUCCAUGUCUUCUCUUCUUCGCAGAUGAAAGGCUGCAUAAAGGUUUUAAGGGAAGAGCCAGCAGACACAGUUGAAGGCCUUUUGAAUGCUCUCAGGUACCCAUUAUGUUUGCCUAUCUUCAUUUUGACCAUCUGAUUGUCCAUCGUGUUUGAUUUACCACACCGGAAGUGUAACAAAAUAAUAAAAGUUGCUGGACUGGAUAUCUCCUCAAAAUCACUUCUCUGGCAUAUUCCCCAUCUUACCUUAAUAGCACAUGUCAAUUUAUCAUUAAUAGCUAUAUCCCACACCUUUUUAUACCAUUCUUCCAUUUUAUAUUAUGUAUUUUUAUGCAGGUAUGUUCAUACAUGGGUCUUCCUGUAUUUGUUUAUUUAAUACCAUUUACCUUAUUCAUUUAAUUUGAUGGAUGCUGUUUCCCUCAUUGUUGCUGUUAAUCAAUGCACUCAUUUAACUUCGCUUGCCUUUAUUUAAUGUCGUUGGGCCUUUCAUAGCUUCUGGGACCAAACUUGCUAAGACAACCACAGAGAGCAUUAAUUUGAAUAAUCUAAAGCACUUUGCGUGUUCAGAGCUGCAAUCCUGAAUACGACGGGACCUGGGGGGGGUUGUGUGUGUGUGUGUGUGUGUGUGUGUGUGUGUGUUUUUAUGUGCAUAAGCAUUGCUCUGUAAAGUUGCUGCUUUAUCAAGGCACAUGACAGAGCCUGAAAUUCACAGGAUAGUCUUUUGACUCUGUCUUUGUAACUUCCAGGUUCACCACGAAACAUCUGAACGACGAGUCUACUUCGAAACAAGUUCGAGCUAUGCUUCAGUAGCCCCCUCCUUUUGACAAAUGGACUUUUGUAUUAUUUAGAAAAAAAAGAUGUUUGUUUACAUAAUUUAAUAGUGUGUGGUGUUAAUACAUCUGCCUACUUUGCAUAACAUAAUGGCUGGUUUUAUUCUCCUUGAUGCAGUCCGUGGACUUGUAUCGAUAACCUGACCGACUGACUCCGUAUGGUACAGCGUCCAGUUUAUAUGCUAGUCUUACCACUUGGCAGUUUAAAGAGGUACCUUAAUUUGAAUAUAUAAAUGACAAAAAAGGGGUCUAUGUGCCUUGCUUUUUAUGUGUUUAUUGGUUGGCUUUUGUCUGUGGAUGUAUGCAGUAAUUCUGUAUUGUCGUCUUCGAACCGUUCCACACAUGGAAACGUGCCAGUGAAGAUCUCGCUGUGGAAGCUUCUAGAACAGGGCUGAGGAACCUGCGGCUCUGCGAAUGCCGCUGGACUCCAGCUCCCAGAAUCCUCAGCCACCAUGGCCAAUGGCCAAGGAUUCUGGGAGGCUCUUCUGCUCUCCCUUCAAACCAGAUCUUCAGAGCAAUUGACUGCAGGCACUGUGGAGUGGUCAACACGUUCCAACCAUGGACACUUUCCUCUUGCAGAGAAAGACUCCUGACAGAGUUUUCGCUGGGUUUGCACUGAAACCUGUGCAUGCACGUUUAAUUUUUAAUAUUUUUUUAAGCUGUUUUAAAAUUUACGUAGUGUUGCGUCUGCAGUGUGCCUUUGGGCAGAUAGUUGGAAUGUAAAUUAUCGAUAUAAAAAAUAUACGGUGCCGUUUGGGUGUACUUAUCUCAAUUUAUCGAACAAGGAUGUCGGCGUGCUCCGGCCUCUUCGCUCCCACCUCCUUGGCAUGCCAGAGUUGUCGACACUUUUCCUGCGUGGAUUUUUAGCUUCCUGUUACAUCGAAACCAGGACCAGAACAAGCUAGGAUCUUAAACCGACUUCACACAAGAAGCAAGAAGGGCCAGUGCAAACAUGGGAAUGCUCAGGCACAAAGCAUGUGCUUCCCUCAGUUUAAUAACCUGAGAUGUACACUGGAAUCAGGACCAAUGAGAGACAGGCAAUGCUGUUGUAUAUAUAUCUCUGCCUAGUUUUAUAUGCUCUGUAUCAUACCGAUGGCACUGAGAGUGGCUUUGUUGUGUUUAGGGUUCCCUGCUUUUCUCUUAGGGAUUUGCUCCGCUGCUCAGAGAAUCAUGCAUGUGAUGGGGGGAUGCCACUCACUUUUAACAAUGCAACACACCAAUGUUGCGGUUUGCAUUUGUGUCCUUUCCCCCUCCCCACCCCACAAAUAUGCACAAGUUAAGGGUUUGCUCAUCUGGGAUAUAACCCCCAGUGGAAGAGAUCGGCUAGGUGCUAUUAUUUUGGACACUGUUUCUUGGAUUUAUCUUGCAUGAACGUCACAUUAUUUCAGGCUCACUUUGAGCUACUUGAAUGAGUCCAGAUCAGUAAUCUCUUUGUUAUCGUUUUGUACAUUUUGAAUGCUGCACAGCCGCCCUUACAGUUCAGUUUGAGCCAUGUGGAAAGUUUCUGAAAAUAAAUGCAAAAUAAAUAAUAAGCAGCUUUCUGUUUUCUCCACUACUACAUUUGGAUUUGGCAGGUAAAGUCCCACUUAUAUUUAUGGGGUAAAUUUAUGGCUGGCCGAGAAAGGGAACUGGAUGGCUGUAGAACCACAUAGGAAGCUUGCAAGGAACUGGUUCUCCAUAUAAUUUGCAGGAUGUACUGACCACAUCCAGUGCUUUUUUUUCUGGGGGUACGCAGGGAUACGCAUACCCCUAAACAUUUUGUGAAUCUUUGUACUUUGGUCCAUUUACUGUAUUUAUUUUUCCCAAUUUGAACUAUCUUUUCUUGAGUCAAAAUGAGAGUACCCCUAAACAUAUUUUUAGAAAAAUAAGCAUUGACCACAUCAGCAGAGGUCUUUUUUGUCAUAGCCUGAACUGCUGUGGUUAAAUCCUUGGCAUAAAGUUCAUUGUCAACAAAAAGCUAAUUUGGGGGGAAAUAAUGUUCACUUGAAUCCCUUUCCCGGCAGAAACUGUGUCACAGAGAUAACAUAAUACGAAUUUGACACUCAAACAUAUUAUUAAACAAGGAAGGCCUCUUUCCUGCCAUUGUAUGUAUGUGCCUAACAAACACGGGAUUACCAUUCACACAUGCCAACACUUUGCAUGAUGGGGGAAACCGACUGGAAGGAAAUACUCCCAGAUUGCACAUGUGAAAAGCCAUACUCUACAAAUCCCAAAGUUGUAUACAGUUUAGAAAGCAGUUGCAAGUGGGGUCUAGUUGCUAAUAAUUCCGGAUCUUUGGGGGAUGUUUCAUAUUACCUAUUUAUAACGACAUGAGAACCUACUUACUACAGACAAAAUACAGUUUUUCUUACACUUGGAAAUGAGGGCCAGCUUAUGUAAGCCAAACUCAUCGCACAGCAUUGUCUUUCUUGGGGUUUGCACAUUGUUGUGUGCUGUUUCACCACAUUGAAGUGGAAGGUGCGUAGACAUUAAUAGAGGGGAAGAAAGCAAGGAUUCCACUGUAAGCAAAGAGCCCAGUUGCUUACACAAAUGCCACCGAAUUCCUUUUACGGCUGUUAGCCACUGUGUGAAACCUGAGAGUUUACGUUAUUUUUUCUUGGCUGUCCAGAGUUCCCCAGUGUGACACUUCCAAGAAACAAAGAUUCUUCACUGUGAGCGGCAUUUGUUUUAUUUCCCACUGGAGUCCCAACUCAAGGAAUACUGAAAACCUUGUGCCAGUUCCUCUUUUGACUGCAUCUUCUGAGUGAUCUGCAGCAGCUGUGAGGUGGUUAGCUUAUAAGAUUUCAAAAAUAACAUCCCUUGCUUGUGUAUAUGGAAUAUGGUAUUCAUAUAUUUUGACCUUGUGCCGCAAUGAGUCUCUGUUUUCGUUCGAUUGUUUUGUAUUUUAUUUGUCUGAAUUAGACAAGGUUUGUGCAUGCUGGCUAGAGUGUGUAUGCGUUUAGGGAAAUUUUUGGCCCAGAAGGGUUCAGAAAGUGUUCUGGGAUAAUAAGUUACUUCCUACAAAUCCAGAAACUAAAUCUUCUGGAGUUGGUUUGACCACAUUAAGUUAUUUGGGAUCCGGCCUUUUUAGGUGCUUAGGGGCAAGAAUAGCUUUCUAUUUUUAUAUCUUUGAUAGGAUUUAGCACUAUGCAGCUUGAAUCUGAAGUUUGUUUUAAAUAAUAAUUACUGUCCGUACUUGAUGCUGUAGGGUGCAGGUAAUGCUUGGGUGCAGAACUCAAAAGUCUUGGCUGUUCUUCAUGCCCAUUGAUCCAACCUCUAAUGUUUUGGAACCAAUCCUCUUGAUUGAUUUUAUAUGUGAGAGUAGACUAAUAAUAAUAAUAAUAAUAAUAAUAGUAAUAAUAAUAAAAGACAGACAGUUUGUGCAUGCACAAACAGACAGACAAACAGAAAUUGCGGCACAUUGCUCCCCUGUAGGGCAAAUUCCUGCCUCGUUCAAAGGCAACUGUUGCACCCCUCAGUGAACUGGAAACUCAAGUCACCAAAUCUCUUGCCCCUUUUCCUAUAUUUUAGGCAGACCAUCCAACUUUCUAUUUUUAAAAAGUUGAAAAUGGCUCUGAGGCGGCGAAGGGUCAUCACUGGUUCCAGCCAAUCACAUUUGUGCACAGCCAGGCUCUGCUGCAAAUGUGUAGCCCUGUUCUUUUCCUUUGCUCAACCCAGGACAAGAUGUGGUCAGCACACAUCCUAAGUAGGUUCAUUGCUCAAAUUACAUACAAAUGUACAUACAUGCCCAAAGUAACAUAUUCCCUAUCGGGGGAAAUUGACAGUGCACAGCUCUAGACACAUGCAGUAGAUGUGACAGAUUUCCUUAAUUUUAUUCAUGGUUGAGGACUGAUUUUAACUGUAUUUGGAAUUAAUGUUUUAACAAUGGAGUUCUGUUUAUAAAAGCCAAAAGAAGAGAGUUAUUUGCCUUCUGUGUAAUAAAAAAAAGUUCAAAAAGC